AAACGAACGUGUUGGUAAGGCAGGUAGACUAAUUUCUGCUCUAGUUUUGAUAUAGUAAACAGACUGUUCUGUCCACCUUUGUUACCUGUACGCCAUACAUUGUGAAAGAUCGGGGGUGGGUGGUUACAGCUCCCACGGCUUAUUAGGUCUGUGUGCUCUAUUUGUGUAGAAUCUCACACUACUAUGGGGGUGGGGGUAUCUGCUUGGGAAGCAGUGGUGGGGCAGAAGAGUUUAGCUCGGGCAAGGGGGGAGGGGGUUUAGAGAGGCAUUGACUCUCAAGCAGAGAGCCAGGUCAGUGGGGGCUCUUGGUGUAGUGUUUAGCAGUGAGGGGUCUGUUUAGUUUAAAUUAAACUGGGUGCAGGUCGAUUUACUGUUCCAUCGUAACGCACGGCUUGCCAAGUCAGUAAUAAGUAAAGGAAAAGAUUUGCAGCUUGCAGAACCCAUUUGGUCUAUUUUCAAGCUGUAAUUGAAUUGUCGUGUUUUACAAAGGCUGCGUGUAUAAUCCGGAAAGGAAUGUAUUGGCUGACACGCCUUGCUUACCUGCAUAAAGGAGGUAUCUUUACGAGGGCCUCAUACUUACUGUCUGCUUAUUGUAUCACCGCCGGCUUGAUACAGGGGAUCUCAAUCAAUGAAAUAUUACAAAUAAUCUGUAUACGUAUCGUUUUAUCAUUAGCUAUACUUGAAUAAAGGCCCCCCAUUCCCUGAUCACUAGCUGGGUAUAUUAUAUAUAUACCUCGGUGUAUAUCCCCCAUUCCCUGAUCACUAGCUGGGUAUAUUAUUUAUUUAUAUAUAUAUAUAUAUAUACACCAUCCCCCUCGGUGUAUAUCCCCCAUUCCCUGAUCACUCGCUGUGUAUAUCCCCCAUUCCCUGAUCACUAACUGGGUAUAUUAUAUAUUCCUCGGUGUAUACACCCCAUUCCCUGAUCACUAACUGGGUAUAUCAUAUAUAUACUUCUGUGUAUACCCCCCAUUCCCUGAUCACUCGCUGGGUAUAUCAUAUAUACUUCUGUGUAUACCCCCCAUUCCCUGAUCACUCGCUGGGUAUAUCAUAUAUACUUCUGUGUAUACCCCCCAUUCCCUGAUCACUCGCUGGGUAUAUCAUAUAUACUUCUGUGUAUAUACCCCCCAUUCCCUGAUCACUAGCUGGGGAUAUUAUAUAUACCUCUGCGUAUAUACCCCCCAUUCCCUGAUCACUAGCUGGGGAUAUUAUAUAUACCUCUGCGUAUAUACCCCCCAUUCCCUGAUCACUAGCUGGGGAUAUUAUAUAUACCUCUGCGUAUAUACCCCCCAUUCCCUGAUCACUAGCUGGGGAUAUUAUAUAUACCUCUGCGUAUAUACCCCCCAUUCCCUAAUCACUAGCUGGGUAUAUUAUAUAUCUCUGUGUAUACCUCCCAUUCCCUGAUCACUAGCUGGGGAUAUUAUAUAUACCUCCCAUUCCCUGAUCACUAGCUGGGGAUAUUAUAUAUACCUAUGUGUAUACAUCCUAUACACUGCUGGUCUCGACCUUGUCAAUAUUGCCUGGUUCUCAUGUCAGUCAGUACUGGGCCUUGUCAAUAUGGCUGCCCCCCGUGUACAGUCUGUAUUGGGCCUUGUUGAUAUGCCCCCUCCCCCCCCACCCCCCUUGUACAGUCAGUACUGGGCCUUGUUUAUAUGGCUGCCCCUCCUGUCAGUCCGUAUUGGGCCUUAGUGAUGUGGCUGCCCCGUGUUCUGUCAGUAUUGGGCCUUGUUUAUAUGGCCUCCUCCCGUGUGCAGUCCAUGUUGGGCCUUGAUAUGGCUGCCCCCCCGUGUGCAGUCAGUAUUAGGCCUUGGCCGCUGUGGCGACAGUAACCUCGCCACUGGUACUUGGAGGGGCCUGCUUACCAGCCUCUUGCCCCAGGACUAUGGCCCAUGUGUUAGACCUGGCUUCAGGACUGUGGAAAGGCUUUGUUCAUUCCUUUUCCCUUCUACGGAUCAGUAGAUGGGGCUACCGAAUGUAUUAUGCUUAUGAUGUUUGUUUACCGAACAAAAAAAAACGAACAGUCGGACCACACACAAGUGGAGUGUGCAGCCUAUUUACUUCCCAGGCUGGUAGUUAACCGCAGCCAAAUUGACGAAACACUGGGUGGCCGACGUUCAUAAAGUUUAACACGUGGUGGUGGCCAUUUUGUUUUGUCGUUGAGUUCAUGGAAUUCUAAUCAGAUACGCAACGGCAGGAACACCCCUGAACAGUUACCUUCCAUGGAACACGGCUAUUCGAACAUGAGUCAAACGGCGUUCGGUGGAUGGGAGCCCACGAACAAGGGACACACACACUGACUAUGUUCAUCAACCGUUACGUUCGGUAAUUCGAAUGGUAUUUCAACAGUUUGAAAUAGACCGGCCGCACAGUCUAAUUCUCUUGAACUGUUUUUGGCAUGAAACCGUGCGGUCGGUCAGAAAGACUUCAAGGAAUUUCCUGAACCCCCUCCUCUGAUCUGGGUGACUUCAGAAUAUGUUGGUAGCCCUGAUCUGGGUGACUGUAAGGAAACCUAGUAUAUCCAAUACUCAUUCGGUAGUUUCCUUCCGAACAGUCAGAGCAUCAGAGACUAUAACUCUCCGUUCGGCAGAUAAAAUAAAUGAUUCCCAUACGGAUGCAAUAACUUUACCAGACAAUUCCCUUAGUAAAGCAUACGAAUACCCAAACAUCAGCCGGAGUCUAGAAGAUGGGUGCAACAGAACUGAGCUUUAAUUAUGCCACACUGGCUUUUAUGCAAGUCCCCAUGCAAGGGGACGUCCCACAGGGAGGGACAUGGUACAUCCAAUCAUUAACAGGGAAAACAUAAAACACUCCCAGCACAAACCUACAAUUCCCUCCCCUAGUCCAGGAGAUAAUUCAGUUAUUACUUUAUCAGACUUGAUUUAUAGAAAAAGUACCGUUUUACCCAAUAUUUAGAACACCCCUUUAUACACAUUGUAUCUCCACAAAUAUGUCCCCUGAUCAACAUAUUCAAAUUUAAACCCAGAUCGGUUCAGGGGUUUUCAAAAAGUAUGGAAGUCUUUCUUGACUGGCUAACCGUGAGGUUACUGCCCAAAACAAUUCCACGAGUUUGGGUGGUUUUGCCGGUUUAGUUCGUAAAGUUGCAAAAACUGAAUAAUUCCACGAACGGUUCCCCCAGCUCUUAGCAGCGAUUGUUCCCCUCAUUAAAAAUGAACACAAGUACCAAACAGCGUUCCUCUAGCUGUUCGUGAAAUAAAGAUCCAGUGUUCGGGAAGUUGAGUGUUCCGAUUUUUAGUUCCAGACACUCAAUGACCAAGUCCCGCUGCCUUCGUCCGCACAGGAAAAAAAGGCACAGGUAGAGGGUUCAAUUGAGGCAUGCUUUGAAGUUAACGAGCCAGGGGGGUGGUCUCUGUUCGGUAGUUACAUCUACCAAAUGAAAAGUGGAGAAAUACUGAACACAAAGAGGGAUUUCUUCACCGUGACCAUUGGGGGAUGUGACAUUUAUUGGGAUAUGUUGUGUUUUGGGGUACUUUUCAUACUGUACUCAUUUGUUGUGUUUUUACUGCCCGGACAUAAUUGAGUUACAUACAGGACUUGACUCAAUUAUAGGGAUCGACCGAUUAUCGGUUUUACCAAUAUUAUCGGCCAAUAAAGAUACGGAUAUUACUGAUAAUACAUAACAGGACCGCAGGACCCAUUACAAGCCCGGCGGUCCUGGGGGGCUGGCAGCAAGCUGUUACUUACCUUCCCAGCAGCUCCCUUCCGCUCCCUGUGUAAAUCUCACGUUACCAUGGCAGCGCUCCGCGCGGCACACAGACCACUACACACACACACUGCAUUCACUUUAUAUAUACACACACACACACACACACACACACACACAGCUCCCCUGUCUAAACACACUGCAUCCACUACAUGUGGCAUGUAUAUUUUGUGCAUUUACCUUUUUAGAAAUCGUAUAUUUUUUCAAAAUGGUGAAUGUACAGAAUAUCGGUAAGUUAUCACAUAUCGGCCUUAAAUUUCACAGAUUAUUGGUAUCUGCUCUAAAAAAAUAAAUAAAUAAAAAAAAUCAAUAUGGCCCGUCCCCCGUGUGCAGUCAGUAUUGGGCCUUGUUGAUGUGGCCCGUCCCCCGUGUGCAGUCCAUUACACAGGGAACUGAAGGGAGCUGCUGGAAAGGUAACAGCUUGCUGCCGGCCCCCACUGCUCAGUACAUGCCACUGGACCAUCAGGGAAUGCUAAAGCCCCCUUCCCUGGCCAGGUAACAAGCAGGGAGUGGGGGACAAAAAAAUAAAUAAAACACAUAAAUAUUAAAAAUAAAAUGACAAAAUGCCCCCCUUCCUCCCAUUUUACACAAAUUACAUCCCAUCAGAAACACAUACACACUCUGCAAUAACUAUACACACACUGCAUUCACUUUAUGCACACACAGCUCCCCUGUCUAAACACACUGCAUCCACUACAUGUGGCAUGUAUAUUUUGUGCAUUGACCUUUUAGAAAUCGUAUAUUUUUUUUCAAAAUGGUGAAUGUACAGAAUAUUGGUAAGUCAUCAGAUAUCGGCCUUAAAGUUCACAGAUUAUCGGUAUCUGCUCUAAAAAAAUAAAUAAAAAUCAAUAUGGCCCAUCCCCUGUGUGCAGUCAGUAUUGGGCCUUGUUGAUGUGGCCCGUCCCCAGUGUGCAGUCAGUAUUGGGCCUUGUUGAUGUGGCCCGUCCCCAGUGUGCAAUCAGUAUUGGGCCUUGUUGAUGUGGCCCGUCCCCAGUGUGCAGUCAGUAUUGGGCCUUGUUGAUGUGGCCCGUCCCCAGUGUGCAGUCAGUACUGGGCCUUGUUGAUGUGGCCCGUCCCCAGUGUGCAGUCAGUAUUGGGCCUUGCUGAUGUGGCCCGUCCCCAGUGUGCAGUCAGUAUUGGGCCUUGCUGAUGUGGCCCGUCCCCAGUGUGCAGUCAGUAUUGGGCCUUGCUGAUGUGGCCCGUCCCCAGUGUGCAGUCAGUAUUGGGCCUUGUUGAUGUGGCCCGUCCCCCGUGUGCAGUCAGUAUUGGGCCUUGUUGAUGUGGGUCCCCGUGUGCAGUCAGUAUUGGGCCUUGUUGAUGUGGCCCGUCCCCGUGUGCAGUCAGUAUUGGGCCUUGUUGAUGUGGUCGUCCCAGUGUGCAAUCAGUAUUGGGCCUUGUUGAUGUGGCCCGUCCCCGGUGUGCAGUCAGUAUUGGGCCUUGCUGAUGUGGCCCGUCCCCAGUGUGCAGUCAGUAUUGGGCCUUGCUGAUGUGGCCCGUCCCCCGUGUGCAGUCAGUAUUGGGCCUUGCUGAUGUGGCCCGUCCCCCGUGUGCAGUCAGUAUUGGGCCUUGUUGAUGUGGCCCGUCCCCCGUGUGCAGUCAGUAUUGGGCCUUGUUGAUGUGGCCCGUCCCCAGUGUGCAGUCAGUAUUGGGCCUUGUUGAUGUGGCCCGUCCCCCGUGUGCAGUCAGUAUUGGGCCUUGCUGAUGUGGCCCGUCCCCAGUGUGCAGUCAGUAUUGGGCCUUGUUGAUGUGGCCCGUCCCCGGUGUGCAGUCAGUAUUGGGCCUUGUUGAUGUGGUCCGUCCCCAGUGUGCAGUCAGUAUUGGGCCUUAUUUUUAACUGUUCCACUGUUAUAUGAAAAUUGCUCACAUAUACUAUGAUUGAGAUCUUCGCCACUGUUUUAAUUAGUGUAACCCCUAAAGUAUUGUACUAGGUAAAAAAAAAAGGAAAAUGGUAGAGGGGAAAAAUACAUUAAGUAAAACAAAUCAUUUAAUUAUUACGUAUACUGGGAUAUAUAAGUGCAAACCUAAUGACAUUUCUAUGUAUGACACGAUUUAACACAUCUAGUUUAAAAUGUAUUAAUAGUAUAAAUAGACAUUCUACUUCUAUCUGGAUUCUAAUGUAUCAGAGUCCUGACCUUAGACAAAAAAGGAAAAUAAUGUGGCUGGAAAUAGCUAAACUGCAACCUUGUGGUCAAUGCCAGCAAAUAGCGACAUAAAGCCAUCACUCGAUAUGGGAAAUACUGCAUGGAAUAGAUUAAUACGCCCGUAUGUUAGCAUGGGUGAGUCUGGGUGCCACAUGAAUCUAAUUUGCAGUGCAGGAAUAAUAAUAAUAUGAGAAAAGGCAAUAAAUUCUAAAACUGUAGGUUGUAUAAUAUAAAGGAUCCCACUUGAUAAACGAAACGUAGUGUUUGGUUUACACAAUACUACAAGACCGAUACUGUAAUAUUAAAAUGCCCCUAAUCUCAGUCUAAAACCAAGAGGGAAAAUAUUGCAUAAAAAUAGUGUGUAAUAUCAAGGAUCCAAUCGUUUACAAUUCACUUAAACCCCAUCAUUCGAAAAAACUGCAUUAAACGAGAAUGGAUGGACAUAUAACAGAUCUCAAAGUCUUUGGUCCACUCCAAUUAACUGGAGUGCACUGUAAUAUUAAAGGGACACUAUAGUCACCAUAGCAACUACAGCUUAUUGAAUUUGUUCUGGUGAGUGGAAUCAUUACCUUCAGGCCUUUUGCUGUAAACACGGUCUUUUCAGAGAAAAUGCAGUAUUUACAUUACAGCCUAGUGAUAACUUCACUGGCCACUCCUCAGAUGGCUGUUAGAGAUCCUUCCUGGGUCAUGGCCGCCUAAAAUGCAUCCAAACAUUCAGUAUCUCCUCCCUCUGCAUGCAGACACUGAACUUUCCUCAUAGAGAUACAUUGAUUCAAUUCAUCUAUAUAAGGAGAUGCUGAUUGGCCAGGGCUGUGUUUGAAUCAUGCUGGCUCUGCCCCUGAUCUGUCUCUUUGUCAGUCUCAGCCAAUCCUAUGGGGAAGCAUUGUGAUUGGAUCAGGCCACCACUUCUAAUGAUGUCAGCAAACUGCUUGUUUUUCUGAGGGAAACAGCAUGCAGAGCUACAGCUUCAGGCUUGACUACAAGUAAGAUUUUACUAUUUUUAGGGAGGCAUCAUGGCUCUAUGGUGGUUUUAAUACUAUUGGGUCAGGAAUACGUUUGUGUUCCUGACCCUGUAGUGAUCCUUUAAGGUAUUACUCCAACCACCAUGACCACUUUAGUGAUUUGAUGUGGUCAUGGUGGUAGGAGUAUGAAUGUGCAGUGUUUCAGCUUGAAUUUUUUUUUUGGUGUCCUUAUUUUUAUAAAUAUUGCAGAUUAUAAAAUCAGACACCGGUCCUGUUACUUCCUGGUUUGGUUAGCUCAGUGGAGAUAAACUCAAGAGGCAGCAAUUGCCCAGAGCACCUGCCUUGCAAAGACUUCUCAUUGAGCUGCAUUUGAAGUCUGUGAUUGGACUAGAAGAUGAGGGUUUGCAGAGGCUGCAGACAAGAGAUCUGCAGCUAUUACAAGAUGUUUUUAGAUAUAACCCCAAUGAAAAAAUAUGUAAUUAAAUGCAUAUAUGUUUUCAUUGGGAGUAUAUCUACUAAAUAGUCAUUCUUUAUCUUGUUUUUUUUUUUUUUUUUUAUGGAUGCUGAUAUUGCACUAGAUGUAGCUAUAUGCGUGUACCUGAAUAUAAGAGAAACAUAAAUAUAUCUUGGGUUAUUUGAGAAGAGUAAUAAGUUUGGGAUUAAUAUUGAAGUAUUUCCCUCUCCCUCCAGAAACCUGGACAAGCACAUGGGGCAGCCGGCCUUCCAGACUGGAUGACCUAUCAUGUCAAUUACUGGUUCUCCUGUCCCAGACCUCAUGCAUCCAGACUUUCUCUCAUCCCUGUCCCUCUAAAUCCAACACCAAACUCCACACCACGAGACUGCAAUGAGCUGGCUCAGUAAGCUGAAUCCUCGGGGGUCCAGCAACAAAUCAGGUCGAAAUGCCAACCUCCAGCCACAGGUCACUGCUGACCCAGAGACCUGCCUUAUGGUUUUCAAGAAUCACUGGUCCCAGGUGAGUGAGGUAGUGGCCAUGUCCACUGGUUUUCUCCCUCUGGCUGAGGUGUCUGUACCAAACUCAAGAUUUGCUUCCCACUCAUUAACAUCAUGAGAGGUAGUCGGCAGAGAGCUCAACCCACUGUAUGUAUUAACCCUAAAACAUUUAGCAGGAGUCACUGUGGACUAAUAUUCCUGUUUACAUGCAAACAUUACUUAGAUUUGUAUGAACUUGAUUCUGGUGUCAACUCACAGGAGGCUUUGCACGGCUUUCAAAAAAUGUUAAAUAAACAAUAUAACUCAAUAAAAACCCACAUACAUAAUAUUCACAGCAACACAUUAGCAUACCGUGAAAAAACUGUCUAAAGCUCUGCUAGCACUGAGCCCCAGAAUUACAUUUACCGCACUCACAUCACAUAUAGACAAUAACAUAUCAGAAACAAGAAUUCCUCCAGACCAGCUCAUAUCUAGCAAUACAAAAGUAGGAUUUUAACAAACCUCAAUGUUUCUCCCUGUUGAUUAGGAUAUAUCGAAAGAUUUGCAUAGAUUUGCCAGUUUCAUUUUUCUCUCCAUCCCUUGAUGCUCACUACUCCUGUCCUCAGAUGUUAGUGGGCUGUGUCCUCCGCAUGAUACACAUCCUCAAUGACAUCACUGGAAGGGAGUGACAUGGCCUUACUGGACCGUCCUAUAUCGUGAAAAUAAUUGAGUUUAAUUAACAUGCUUAAAUUACUUAUUGUGUGACGAGCAACUGACAUUGACAGACUUAAGCACAUAAUCCUAAACCUCAAGUUUCUAAUGUACAGAACGGGUAGUAGAUACCUGGAAUAGCCUUCCAGUUGAACCAGUAAAGCCUUUCUGGGGUUUUUGAAAAAGUAGUAUCUAUGUGGAAUUGCCUUCCAGUGGAGGCAUUAAAGGGGAGCAACUCUUGGGAAGCAACAGUGUAGACAAUUUGUUUAUUUUUCAGAUACUUCAGAUCUUGGAACGUCAUGGCCACUCUACAGAGCCCGUGACCCCAGAUGACCUGAGUUGUGUAAAGAACAAUACGUAUCAGAUGCUAAGCCUCCUAGCAGAGGAACGGCCCCGGGAAGGAGAGAGCCCAGGGCCAAUUCUGGGGUACAUGGCAUCUGAGGGAAUAAUGGAGAGACUGCUGAGGUGGCAUUUACAGAGAGACUUCACGGAGGACAAGAAGGUAAUGAUAAAGCAGUCCCUUCCCAACAACCUUUGCUUAUCGUUAAUUAGAGGAAAAAUGCAUUGGCUAUGUGUUCAGUUAGUAAUCCUUUAAUUACAAUACAGUAUGCUGUUUUUGUCUUAUCUAUUUCCACUCUAACUCAAUAUGGUUUCUCAUUUAGCCAUCCUACUAUACUUUCAAAUCAUUAUCUCUCCCAUAGUCUCUAUCCCCAAUCAUUCUCUCCCAUAAAAUGUGAAGUAAAAUAGGGAAAGCACUCAAACAAUAAUAAAAGUUAACACAAACGUAGGUGGAAACAAUCCUAAAAUAUAAAUAAAAAGAAAGACCAUAGGUAAUACAGUCCCACACUCGUGUAAAGAAACAGAUUACUGGUCCAACUCACAUGCUGCUGAGCCACUUAAAAGGCUGGCUCAGACAUGAAGCUUUAAGCUGUGGGUACAGUGGAUCCUUGUUGUAAACUGGAGGCUUCCAAUUUGUGUUCUCGAUACUCCACCACAUAAAAUGCAGGAGAUGCAUAGCAAAAAACACGAUUUUAUUGGAUUAACAUUAAAAGCUAAUACAUUUAGAAACAAGGAAAGUCCACAUGCAACUUGACGUGUUUCGGCUAAUAGCCUUUCUCAAAAGUGGUUAGUUCUGUUCUCCUUUAUGAUCUCGUUUAUAAAUGUAGUUUUGGCGCCUUUUCCUGGUGAAUUUCUGUGUCUGUUUCUGCUUUCUUCAUCAUCCGACGCUUCCAGUUUCGUGCAUCCUUGCGUCUUGACGGUAUCGGCAUGAUGAUGCGGGAUCCAGAAAUUAUCAAGCUGCCAUAUUUGUAAGUCCGUUCUUGACAGUAAUUAAAUACAAAGGAAGGCAACAUACUAAUACUUGUAUCAAUAUUUAUAUAUGGGUAGAUAAUCAAAAGGUAGAAUUGAUCUCCAAAAACAUAAUGCAACUUUAAAAAGGGAAAAGGGGGACAUGAAAGAAAGAUAAGAUGUGUAAUAAGCAGAGAAAUAAAACACACAUAUAAAUUUAAUAUUAGAUGUUUUUAAGAGCUGGGGAAACAUGCAUAAAAAGGAAUUCGGAUUAUAUAUUAUUAUUAUUAUUAUUAUUAUUAUUAUUAUUAUAAAAUUUUUUUUUUUUUUUUUUUUUACAAGUUUUAUUUGCAAAUAAAGGGAACUGCGAUGGGGACCAGAUUUGCCCCAAGCUCUGCAAAUCUUUUCAUGUCCCUCAUGUCUUCUCCAGGGAGGACAUUGGGACAAGUCUGGUCCUCUACAAACGCUACAUAGAUGAUAUUUUUAUUAUAUGGAAGGGGACUGAGGAAUCUCUUUUAAAUUUUAUUAACAGUCUAAAUAUAAAUAACUGGAAUAUUAAAUUGACUUGAGAUCAGAUCAUGAGACCAGUCCACUGAAAGUCAACUUUUUACAUAUAUAUAUGUUGAAUCAAAUAAAGAUUUUUUUUAUUUUUUUUUUUAAGCAAGUAGACGUCAACAGUUUUAUAGAUUUUAAUAGUUGCCAUUUUAAGCUUUGGCUGGCCAACGUACCUAAAAGGCCAGUUCCUAAGGUUAAGAGGGACUUGUCCAGAAAUAGAACAAUACAAGUGUAAGUCAAAGGUUUUAAAAACUCAAUUUAUGGAGAAAGAAUAUAAUUCCAACUCAUUACAAGAAAUAUGUGAACAAAUUGAAAAGGAACCAACAGAACCCCUAUUAAAAUAUAAAACUAAAAAAACAAAUAGGAAGAAAAACAAAUUCCUUAGAUUUUAAAAUUUUGUUUCAACAAUAAUAAGCUGCGCAAAAUUAUUUAGAAAAAUUGGCAUAUUUUAGAAGAUCGUUAUAUUAACAAAUUUUUAGGAAAUAGACUGAAAAUUAUCUUUUAGAGGGGCUAAUAUUUUUUGUAAAUAUGAUUUUUAUUUCCUGUAUUUGGGAGUAAAAGGGGAGUAUCAUGCAGACUCGCAGGUCUGUAUUUUGUAGUCAACGUAAAGAAAACAAUCAACAGGCGGGCACGCAGGCCCAACAACAAAGUCGGACUCGCAGGUCCCUUGUGUCAACAUUAAAGCUUAUGUGGGUGAACCCCCCUCCCAGGUUGUUCUCAGGAAUCACGUGUUCCCUUGCUGUUUGAAGCUGAAUAUCCACCUUCAGCCAGUCUGCUAGCCCUUCAGGCCGGGCAUGGUCCCUCCAAUUGUCUACCUCUAUACUGUCUGAUGCUCUCCCCGCUGUUGCCCCCCUAGUAUUCAGGUGUGCAUGGUUGUAUUAUCUGUGCGUGCGGGAGGGACAAGCACGGUCCGGUCGUUACGUGUUCUUAUAAGGUCAUGUCUAGUGAGGACCUUAGUUAUCGACGGACUGUAGUGAUAUAGUGGGCAGGAGUCCUGUUUCGGAGGGGGAUAUGAGUACUGGGGAGUGUGUUUCCAAUGUCUGUUUAACCUGUGCGACAGUUGGGUGGUGUCCCUAGUUUUAAUAUAUGAGAGGGGAGGGGUAAGGAAGGAGGAGGAGGGUCUGUCUGUCGUCCAUGUGCCUAUCCAGCCUGUGUAGCUCCCUGUCAUUAGGUAUGGAGCAGAAAGUCUUGUUUCGUCGUGGUCAAUAUCCAGUGGGUCCAGAUGUCUAAGUAUGUCUGAUGUUGUUUUUCAGUAGCUAACAUGGCGAGCUCUUCUACCGCUCGUAGUUCUUCCAUGUGGGUGAACCAUUUAAGUAUGGAAGGGGUCUCUUUUUUUUUCUUCCAGUAUUGUGGUAUAGUUUGCUUAGCCAUGUUUAGAAUUCGAAUUGUAAGGGACUUUUUGUAUUUAGAAAUCGGUAUGGUCGUGUGGUGGAGCAGCAUUGCUGCCGGAUCUAGUGGUGGUGGGUUGUCAGUGAAGCGGGAGGCUAUUUUAUUGAUUUUCCUCAAGAAUGGUUGUACGAGUUCACAUGCCCACCAAAUGUGUAGGGGCGUGCCCGUUGCCUUGGCGCACCGCCAGCAUAGGCUUGACCCAUGAGCAUGCGUGUAUUGAGUCGUGUCUGGGGUACAAUACCAUUGCGUGAGUAUCUUAUAUGCUGUCUCCUGACUCUUGCUGAAAAUGGAGCAGUGGUGGGUGACCUCACAAAUCUUUUCCCAAUCAGCCCCACUAAAUGUGUGAUUAAGGGCCUCCUCCCAUUUCCCCAUAAAGCGUGGCGCGGCCAUGGGUGUGAGCGUUUGUAGGAGGGCGUAGAGGUGCGAGAUGCCAUGUGGCAGUGGGUCAGGGUCUGCGCAUAGUUGCUCGUAAGCGGUGAGUUCCCUAGUGAGGGCUCCUGCGCGGGGCAGGGUCUUUACAUAGCUCGCCAGCUGUGCGUAGCGGAAGGGUCCGUGCCCGGCGGGAAGUCAGGAUUAUGUGUGAGGGGAAGUAAUGGGGACGGGUGUGUGGAGAGCGUGUGUCUACCGGCAUUGCCUCGCCAUAUCUUCAGAGUCGUUUUCGUAUAUGUGGAGUAGUGCGUUUCCCUUCCGUCCGUCCCUACAGGGAGCCACGGGAUAAGGGCGGCUGGGAGCUUAGCUACCCCCUCCUCUACCUGUUUCCAUAGUUUGCUGACCCCAGUCUUGGACCACUCCGCAACACGUUGCAGGUGGCAUGCCUUGUAGUAUAGUCGGAAGUCCGGUAGAGCCAGACCCCCUCUGUGCUUGGGUUGAGUUAGCAGUGUGUAUUUCAGUCUGGGUCUCCUCCCAUCCCAAACAAAAGCUCCUAAAGCCUGUCGAAGUGUGGCGAAGAACGAGGAUGGGAUUGUGAUGGGCAGGGCCUGGAAGAGGUAAAGUAGUCUCGGUAGAAAAUUCAUUUUUAUUACUUGAAUUCUACCCAGCCAGGAGAUGUGCGGGAGGGCCCGUUCCCUCAUGUCUGUACGGAACUUAGCUAGUAUCGGGGCGAAAUUCGCUGUGAAUAGCUCCGAUUCCUUAACGGUCAGCCAAGUGCCGAGGUAUCGGAUUUUGUCCGUGGCCCAUUGGAACGCAAAACUCCGUCGGAGCUGUGCAGAUCUCCUUGCGGGUAUGCUUACGUUUAAGAUAUAGGACUUUGAGAAGUUAAUCUUGUACCCCGAAAACCCUCCAAAGGCCUGGAACUCCUGCAUUAAAUUGGGGAGGGAGACUUCCGGGUGGGUUAUGAAGAAUAGUAGGUCAUCCGCAUAAGCGGCUAGUUUAUGUUGUGUGUCUCCUAUGUGUACCCCCUUGAUGUCCGGGUGGUGUCGGAUUGUGGUUAGUAGGGGUUCUAAAGCCAGAACGAAUAGCAGUGGGGACAGGGGACACCCCUGUCGCGUACCGUUGUAUAUCGGGAACGCCUCUGUGGGUGCCCCGUUGACCAGGACAUGCGCCGUCGGGUGAGUGUAUAGGGCCUUAAUCCAUCCUCGCAGGUAUGGUCCCAUACCCAUGUGUGACAACGUCUGGAACAUAUACGCCCAGCAGACCCUGUCAAAGGCCUUCUCCGCGUCCGUGGACAGCAGGAGAAGGCCUGUGUCUUCCCCUGAUUUUCUGUGCAUAAUCGUGAGGGCCCUGAUGGUGUCGUCCCUGGCUUCCCGACCCAUCACAAACCCCACCUGGUCCGCAUGAACCAGAGAGGGCACGUGCACCUGGAGCCGGGCCGCCAGGACCUUUGCCAGUAGUUUGAUGUCAUUGUUUAUGAGGGAGAUGGGCCGGAAGCUCCCGCAGUGCCCUCUUUCGGAAUUAUGGUGAUGUGGGUCAUGAGUGCCUGUGCAGGUAAUUCAUGUCCCUCUCUGAUGGCGUUGAACAUGGCCAGUAGUGGGGGAUACAGGGUCUGGGCAUAGCUUUUAUAAUAUUUGAGGGGCAGGCCAUCGGGACCUGGGCUCCUACCCGGUUUCAUGGAUUUGAUUGCGAGUGCUAGUUCCCCCAUGGAUAUUGGUUCGUCUAGUUGAUCUGCCGUGUCGGCCUCCAGGGAGGGGAGCCUAUGGGUCUUUAGGUAGUCUCUAUUGAGGUCUGUAGUGAUCGUGACUGUGCGUCUGUGUGUGGGCGUGGAAGGGAGUAGAGUUCCGCGUAAUAUGUGCGAAUGAUUUCCUGAAUCUUGGCCGGAUGUCUGUGUAGGACCCCUGCCUUGUCGCGGAUCCUGUCUAUAUAUACGUGUCUUGUCGUCUUUUGGCCAGCAUGCGCGCUAGAAGCUUUCCGCUUUUGUUUCCAUGUAUUGCAAAGAAAGCCCUGUUUCGCAAUGCGUCCCUUUGAUGAGUGGAGUGGAGGAGAGUGGUCAGUUUUAUUAUUGUUUGAGUGUGUUCACUAUUUUAUUCCACAUUGUGCACUUCGUGUGUUUAGAGUGAUCCACACAGGUGAUUGUAGCACCAUAUUUUACCUUUUUCUUACUGUUGUAUAUUUAUACUACUAUUGUUUUAAAUUCUCUCCCGUAUUCUUUAUCCCUAAUCCUUAUCUCUCCCGUAUUCUCUAUUCCUAAUCCUUCUCUCCCGUAUUAUCUAUCCCCAAUCAUUAUCUCUCCCGUAUUCUCUAUCCCUAAUCCUUCUCUCCCGUAUUCUCUAUCCCUAAUCCCCCUCUCUCGUAUUCUCUAUCCCUAAUCCUUCUCUCCCGUAUUCUCUAUCCCUAAUCCUUCUCUCCUGUAUUCUCUAUCCCUAAUCCUUCUCUCCCGUAUUCUCUAUCCCUAAUCCCCCUCUCUCGUAUUCUCUAUCCCUAAUCCUUCUCGCACGUAUUCUCUAUCCCUAAUCCUUCUCGCACGUAUUCUCUAUCCCUAAUCCUUCUCGCACGUAUUCUCUAUCCCUAAUCCUUCUCUCCCGUAUUCUCUAUCCCUAAUCCUUCUCUCCCGUAUUCUCUAUCCCUAAUCCUUCUCUCCCGUAUUCUCUAUCCCUAAUCCUUAUCUCUCCCGUAUUAUCUAUCCCCAAUCAUUAUUUGCUACGGAGGUAGGCGGAGGAGUUUGGCCUGGUGUGUGGGGAGUUGGUGUUGCUUGUUAAGUGUGUCUGCUUGUUCUAUGUCCGACAGCAAAGCGGCCAUGCGGGCCUCUCUCUGUUUCUUCACGAGUGUGCUUUUUUUGGAUAAAAUGCCCCCUUAUGACACACUUGUGUGCCUCCCAGCGUAUGGUGGGGGGGGGGUUUGUUCGCAGGUGUUGUUUGUAAAGUAAUCCUGUAGUGUCUUCCCAAUGUCGGAUGUGACCGUUGGGUUGGUGAGCAGUGAUUCAUUUAACCUCCACUUGGAGAUCUUGGGUCUAUGGAUGGGGGAGUGUAAGGGCUAAUAAUUUUAAACACAUUUUAACCAAGAGUUUUUUAGAUCAAGAAAAUUAUUAAUGGGACUUAAAAUUCAUUUUUAAAAAAAAAAGAAAAUGGCUUUUAUUACUGUAUGAACUGUCAAGGAUGCACUUUAAGACAAAAUAGGAAUCAAAAAAGUUUCUAAAUUCAUUUAGAAACCAUCAAGAAUAUCUCAUUAAAUCAUUUAUAACAUGUAAUUCCACUACCAUCAUUUUAUAUGCGUACACGUCCCCGUGGAUUCCAGUACAUUGGGAAAACAUCACGGGCUCUUAAAAUACGCAUUAGAUAUCACAUCUAGAACAUCAAUAGCAAAUUCUGUCAACGUAGCGUAUCCAAGCAUUUCUUGGAACCCCAUGGCGGUCAUGCUGGUGAACUAGAAGGGGUUAAAGCACAUUGGAAGUCUCCUCCGUAAAUCUCAAAUGAGGUGGACCUUUAACAUUGAUACCCUGCUACCUCAUGGCUUAAAUGCCGAUUUUGAAAUUUAAUUCCUGUAUUUAAAAUAAAAAACAAACAAAAAAAAUCUUUAAGUGUUUUACCAUGCUUCCUCUUUUUUAUGCAGGUUUUCCCAGCUUUUAAAAACUUCUAAUAUUACAUUUAUUUGUGUAUGUGUGGUGUGUGUUUUUUUUUUUUUUUAAUACAUCUUCUCUUCCUUUCAUAUCCCCUUUUCCUUUUUUUUUUUUUUUAAUGCUGCAUUAUGUUUUUGGAGAUCAAUUCUACUUUUUGAUUAUCUACCAUAAAUAUUGAUACAAGUAUAAGUAUGUUGCCCUACUUUGUAUUUAAUUGCCGUCAAGAAUGGACUUACAAAUACAACCGCUUGAUAAUUUCUGGAUUCUGCGUGAUCACGCCAUGACGCAAGGAUGCAUGAAAUUGGAAGUGUCGAACGCAUGAUGAUGACGAAAGUGGAAACACAUGGUGGAAAAGGCACCAAAACUACAUUUAUAAAAGAGAUCAUGGAGGAGAAAGGCUACCCGCUAAAACGCGUCAAGUUGCAUGUGGACCUUACUUGUUUUCCUUGGCUUUUAAUGUUAAUCCAAUAAAAUCGUGGUUUUUGCUAUGCAUCUCCUGCAUCCUGGAUUUUAUGUGGUGGAGUAUUGGGAACACAAAUUGGAAGCCUCCAGUUUACAACAAGGAUCCACUGUACCCACAGCUUAAAGCUUCUAGUCUGAGCCAGCUUUUUAAGUGGCUCAGCAGCAUGUGAGUUGGACCAGUAAUCUAUAUUUUUUUUUUUGUUUUUUUGUUUUUUUUUUAAACAAAAGUGUGUAACUGUAUUACCUAUGGGCUUUCAUUUUAUUCAUAUUUUAGGAUUGUUUCCACCUACGCUUGUGGUAACUUUUAUUAUUGUUUGAGUGCGUUCACUAUUUUAUUCCACAUUGUGCACUUUGUGUGUUUAGAGUGAUCCACACAGGUGAUUGUAGCACCAUAUUUUACCUUUUUCUCACUGUUGUAUAUUUAUACUACUAUUGUUUUAAAUUCUCUCCCGUAUUCUUUAUCCCUAAUCCUUAUCUCUCCCGUAUUCUCUAUUCCUAAUCCUUCUCUCCCGUAUUAUCUAUCCCCAAUCAUUAUCUCUCCCGUAUUCUCUAUCCCUAAUCCUUCUCUCCCGUAUUCUCUAUCCCUAAUCCCCCUCUCUCGUAUUCUCUAUCCCUAAUCCUUCUCACGUAUUCUCUAUCCCUAAUCCUUCUCUCCCGUAUUCUCUAUCCCUAAUCCUUAUCUCUCCCGUAUUCUCUAUCCCUAAUCCUUAUCUCUCCCGUAUUCUCUAUCCCUAAUCCUUAUCUCUCCCGUAUUAUCUAUCCCCAAUCAUUAUCUCUCCCAUAUUCUCUAUCCCUAAUCCUUAUCUCUCCCGUAUUCUCUAUCCCUAAUCCUUCUCGCCCGUAUUAUCUAUCCCCAAUCAUUAUCUCUCGCGUAUUCUCUAUCCCUAAUUAUUCUUUCCCGUAUUCUCUAUCCCUAAUCAUUAUCUCUCAUAUUCCCUCACCAGUAAUUAUCUUCUCCAUACACUCUCUCCCCAUAGUUAUCGCUCCGUAUCUUAUUCCUAUCCUGUUUAUUAUUUGUCCUCAGUUAUUGUCCCAACCGCCCCCCCCCCACCAAAUCAAGGGCACCUUCCAUAUUGUCGAGAGUUACACUUCUCUUUAACAAUGUAAAUGUUGCCUAAAUUUGGAGAACAUUCUUUGGCUCAGCAUGUCUAUUUACGCUCCCAGGCAGUCCGUGGCGUCCAAUUUUGUCCACAAUUGAUAAUGCUAAAGUGAUAUGAAAUAAUCACAGCAUCGUGGAACCCAGUGAGAAACCGCUUGAAAACGAUUUGAGACCGAACCAGAGAACAACGUCUGGGUCCUGCUAACACUAUACCCACCUCAGCUGGCUAUGAUACUCAGAUGAUUGCAACCUUAAUUACAGCAGUAAUAUUUUCUAAGGUUUUAGUGUUAUGAGGGACACUGUAAUGGUAUUUUAUUAACUUGUAAUAUAUGCCAUGCCUGCUCUAAAACAUUACAUCUGAAUGCCUUGAAAACCUUUCCUCUCCUCCUGUCUGCAGGUGGAGCAGCUGAAGUUGUAUGAAAUGCUGAUCAGCCAGUCCCACCAACCCUUGCUCCGCUACCAGCCAGUGCUGCGCCCACUAGUAACGCUGCUGGGCACCUUCUCCCCUGGGCCAGCAUCUCCCAUCUUGGAGAAUAGCCUGGUGCUGCUGCUGAACCAGCUGUGUGUGUCACUGGCAAGGGAACCUUCCACCCUAGAGCUCUUCUUCCAGGACUCUGUGGGGCAUGAAGGGCCAGCCAACCUGCUCAUCUUCUCACUACUGGUUCCUUUCAUCCACCACGAGGGUGUUAUUGGUCAGCAGGCCCGCGACGCACUUCUCCUCAUCAUGGCCAUGUCUUCAAGCAAUCCCACUAUGGCCAGAUACAUCACGGAGAACUCCUUCUUCUGUCCGGUGAGUGGUGCAUGAUGCGUGUUAUGACUGUAUAUGUGUUUACUGGGGCCCCAGCUUUUAUCUGGAAAUUUACACAUAUAGAUUUGAAUGCUACCUUAUUAGAAGGGAUACAAUUUUCAAACGUUUAAACUAAAUACUGUCUAAAAAUAGAUAACAAGUUUCCACUCCUGAACAGAACUUGCAUAUUGAAUAUCAGUUGCAGAUCUGUUGGCAAUUUACAGAGGGUCUGUCACCAAAAAUAAUUUAUGAGCAUUUAAUAAGAUACAAUCUUUCUGAAAUACUCCGAAAGACUGCAUUUGACCUAAAGAAAUAAGAUAGCAGUGCCUGCAGGGGACUGCUUAAGCUAAAUAUAAUCUAUAACUGAUCAAAGCUGAGUGUGACUUACAGUGUGUGUCUGCCACCAUUCUGCACUCUGUGUGCUAAGACCCGAGGGAGUGGUUACUGUGGCCUGCGCUUGAUGGAAGUGCAGACCACUCACUCCAGAAAUUAGGGACUUUACUCUACAAUUGACUCCCAUGUAGUCUAGCCUACCCUCUUUGCAGAAAGCUUUGUUGAAAGAUGGGGGGUUCGACACAGCACAAACAGCCUGCAAUCAUCACAUGUAUAAAACUUGCACACAGCCAUAUAACUUAAUAGAUAUAUUGCACGCAGCUAGCACACCUUGCACGCAGCUCGGAUCACACGCGUAUUAGACAAAACUAGGAUCACAUAUGCAUUGUGAUUGGAAUAAGUGUGUCAGUGAAUAGAGACUGCUCGAACACAUUGAUGGCUGGGAUUGGAGUGAGUGUGUCAGUGAAUAGAGACUGCUCGAACACAUUGAUGGCUGGGAUUGGAGUGAGUGUGUCGGCCCUGUUUGUCAUGGCAGCCUGCCCGUGGCCUGACUCUGUUAUUCCAGGUGUAAGCUGAGCUGACGAGCAGGGGGAGGUGUCGGUCUCUGCUAGAGGAAAGAUUUUUGCUUUCUAUCCUGUCACAGGCAAAGAAAGUGACUCUUUACUCGUUUUGGCUUAAUUAUGUUCAGUGGGCAUUUGGCCGGGCACGGUGGGUUCUUUUACCUCUCCCCUCUGCAAUAUGUGUCAGGCUGCACUGGGCUAUCAAUAAAAUUGUAGAACUGUUUAACCUCCCUGUGCUGAAAAUAGAACGGCUCACGUUGGUGAUUAACCAGCUGUGCUCUAGCAGCAGCUACGAGUGGGCCCAGCUGGCACUGUGGCCUGGUGACCAGCAUGCCAGCUAGACACUCCCUGUAUCAUGGAAUGCGGCCCCUCCCUGUUACUGACUUCACACUGGGGCCUGGCUCUGUGCCUGCAUUCCUCCCAGUCACUGCCUGGGGAAAACUCUGCCUGCAACCUCUUCCUGUAAAUUCAGCUCCGAGCUACAGCAGACACCAUUACCUGAGCUUACUGACACCCUGAUUCUAACGUGAACACAUUACCCACACCCUAUUGUACUUACUGACACCCCAAUACUACCGUGCACACAUUACCCACACCCAACCGUAUUUACUGACACAAUUAUUACUUUCACCCUUUGUAAACAAGAACACCCUGCACUGAUUACUGACUAAUAAGAUAAUGUAAUGUAAGAGCACACUCAGAACUAGUAAUGAGAUAACGUUGGAGCUCACUCGGAUCUAAUUGUAGCAGAAUGGAGACCUCCAAGUACUUUUUUAAAUUUACUUUCCCCUUAUAUUCACAUCUUUCAUCCUUGUUUUGUUCAGGAGACGUCAUACGAACAGAAUUCCUUAGUCUCCCGAACGAAGACCACCCCUGUACCCCAUUAGAACGUUUAUACCGACCACUUAAUUGCGAAACCGCAAGGGAAGUAAUGAAUGCUUUUCCGGGUGGCCGCCAUUUCGUAUAACCGAACACAGACCUGCCAGGACACCUAUUUCCCUGGAACUGUUUUGGGCUAGCGCCUCAUGCCUGGCCGGUCAAAACUUUACCUCUGUGGCAUUUCCGUUUCACCGAACCGAUUUGCGUGAUUCUUGGAAAUGUUAUACACUCAGCUCAGGGCUAUCGAGGAAUGUACUUUUUGUGGGGUUCCUACGUGUAUAAUUAAAGUUUGUUGUUUUUUUUUUUUUUUUCUCAGGCAAUUCUCUCUCAGGCACAGAGGAUCCUGGGAUUGAAACCCCUGUAUUGUUGUGUUAAAGACCCCUUGCAUGGGACUAGGCAUAAAAGCAGUGUGUGAGGCAUUAAACCCCCAGAACUGUGUCAUCCAUUACCCACACCCUACCGGACUUACUGACACCCUGAUCCUACCAUGAACAUUACCCACACUCUACCAUACUUACUGACACAAUUAUUAUUUUCUCCCUUUCUAAACAAGAACACCCUGCACUGAUUUCUGACUAAUAAGAUAAUGUAAUGUAAGAGCAGACUCAAAUCUAGUAAUGAGGUAACGUAGGAGCACACUCAGAUCUAAUAAUGAGGUAACAUUGGAGCACACUCAGAUCUAAUAAUGAGGUAACAUUGGAGCACACUCAGAUCUAAUAAUGAGGUAACAUUGGAGCACACUCAGAUCUAAUAAUGAGGUAACAUUGGAGCACACUCAGAUCUAAUGAGGUAACAUUGGAGCACACUCAUAUCUAAUAAUGAGAUAGCGUAGGAGCACACUCAUAUCUAAUAAUAUAGCGUAGGAGCACACUCGGAUCUAAUAAUGAGGUAGCGUAGGAUCACACUCAGAUCUAAUAAUGAGGUAACAUUGGAGCACACUCAGAUCUAAUAAUGAGGUAACAUUGGAGCACACUCAGAUCUAAUAAUGAGGUAACAUUGGAGCACACUCAGAUCUAAUAAUGAGGUAACAUUGGAGCACACUUAGAUCUAAUAAUGAGGUAACAUUGGAGCACACUCAGAUCUAAUGAGGUAACAUUGGAGCACACUCAUAUCUAAUAAUGAGAUAGCGUAGGAGCACACUCAUAUCUAAUAAUAUAGCGUAGGAGCACACUCGGAUCUUAUAAUGAGAGAGCGUAGGAGCACACUCGGCUCUAAUAAUGAGGUAGCGUAGGAUCACACUCGGCUCUAAUAAUGAGGUAGCGUAGGAUCACACUCGGCUCUAAUAAUGAGGUAGCGUAGGAUCACACUCAGAUCUAAUAAUGAGGUAGCGUAGGAUCACACUCGGAUCUAAUAAUGAGAUAAAGUUAGCGCACACUCGGAUCCAUUGACUACAACCCUCUGUUGCCUGUCACUCCGCCACUGCCUAAGGCAUUCAACAAUAUUGGAAUACAAACUCAAUGUUUUUUCUCAGAAUAUUUGAACCGAAUGAUAACUUGGUAAAAGUCCUUAAUUUCUUGUACUCCUCACUUUAUUUACUUAUUACUGGAUAGAAGUAUAAAUGCCAAUAACAAUAUAUGGUGAGAAUUUGCUUUGGUAAGAGCGUGUCUGGAUGAGAGCAGGUAUGUGUACGGUGAGACAGUGUCUGGGUCCCUGUACGGUGAGGGCGUGUCCUGAUCCCUGUGUGGCGAAAGCUCUUUUUUUAUCUUCAUCUGUUGUUCCUUCAGAUUCUGGCCACGGGCCUGAGUGCUCUGUAUUCUUCGCUUCCACGUAAGAUUGAGGUGCGUGGGGAUGACUGGCACUUUCUGCGCCGGGAAGACUGGAUCGGGGUCUCGUCAAUCGUUCUUUUCAUGAAUUCCUUAGAGUUCUGCAAUGCUGUAACACAGGUAACUUUCAUUGUUCUCUUGGGGCUUCUUACCAAACUCUUUCAGCACGUUUUGUUUAUGGUUUAAGAACUUUGCUUUAGUCCUUACCAUUGUUAAUGUAGAGGGUAAGCACAGAUUUUCCAACCAUGACAGUUUGACAAUAGAUAAUGUGAUGUCUGAAUUCAUUGGUUCUCUGUAAUUCUUUGUAGAUGUUCAGACAUAGACGCAUUGUAUUGUCCUAAUCGGGAUGGUCGUUACUAAACGUGUAUCUCUACAAUGAAGGGCAGAAUGUUAUGAAAUGUUCUUUGGCAUAACACAACCUAUUCUUAAAUAUUACUUUCUCUUUGCAGGUUGCUCAUCCUCUGGUUCAGAACCAGCUGGUAGAGUAUAUUCACAAUGGUUUCCUGGUGCCCGUUAUGGGACCCGCCCUGCACAAAGUAAGUGGUGCUAUUCAGCGACUGCACAAUCACACAAAAAUAAAUUUAGCGCGGAAGCAAAGUGAUAAAAGUCCAAAAGCAGCUGGAACACCAAUACGCAGUCUCUCUUUUCAGAUCAGAAAACUGGAUAAAAACUUGGGGGUAGGUGCGGCGCUUCAGUAAUCCUUGACAAGGUAUGUGAAGAGAACCAGAGCAGGAAUAAUAGCGUAGUAUUUAAAACUGUAGUGGUGAUAAGUAAAAUAAAAGAUGUGCACUCACACUUUCCUGGAGCUUCAAUACCGCUCCCGUGUAUGCGCCUGGGCGGAAUAAUCCCCGCCUAUGGAUCAAGUGCAGAGGUAAUUCUUCGAGUUAUAGGUGUGGUGGGGGUAUCCUCAUAAAAACAAACAAAAAUCGUAUAUGGUGAAGUAUGUAGAGCUAUGAAGCAAGGGUAGGUAAAAACUAUAAAAUGUUUAUUUUACUUAUCACCACUACAGUUUUAAAUACUACACUAUUAUUUCUCCUCUGGUUCUCUUCACAUAUACCUUCUCAAGGAUUACUGAAGCACUGCACCUGUAUUGCCCCCGAAUAUAUUUGUAUAAUGUUAUCAUAUCCCCUCUGAGGUGCUGUUUUUCCAAACUAAAGUUUUCUUAUAUUAUAUUCAGAGACUGGCAGUAAUGCGUGACCCGUAUGCAAACACCGCUACCCUUAACUCCUCCCCCAUCCUGCAGCACCCACUCUGUGUCCCCGCCCCACCCCGUGUCCCCUGUGCUCUUUCUCCCCACCCCGUGUCCCCUGUGCUCUUUCUCCCCACCCCGUGUCCCCUGUGCUCUUUCUCCCCACCCCGUGUCCCCUGUGCUCUUUCUCCCCACCCAGUGUCCCCUGUGCUCUUUCUCCCCACCCAGUGUCCCCUGUGCUCUUUCUCCCCACCCAGUGUCCCCUGUGCUCUUUCUCCCCACCCAGUGUCCCCUGUGCUCUUUCUCCCCACCCCGUGUCCCCUGUGCUCUUUCUCCCCACCCCGUGUCCCCUGUGCUCUUUCUCCCCACCCCGUGUCCCCUGUGCUCUUUCUCCCCACCCAGUGUCCCCUGUGCUCUUUCUCCCCACCCAGUGUCCCCUGUGCUCUUUCUCCCCACCCAGUGUCCCCUGUGCUCUUUCUCCCCACCCAGUGUCCCCUGUGCUCUUUCUCCCCACCCCGUGUCCCCUGUGCUCUUUCUCCCCACCCCGUGUCCCCUGUGCUCUUUCUCCCCACCCCGUGUCCCCUGUGCUCUUUCUCCCCACCCCGUGUCCCCUGUGCUCUUUCUCUCUCUCUCCCUGUAUUCCCUGUGUGUAAAAUGACUGUUUUAUUUUCCUUAUCAGACAUCUAUAGAAGAAAUGAUUGCCAGCACCGCGUACCUGGAGCUAUUCUUGCGCAGUAUCAGUGAGCCCACCCUUCUAAAAACAUUUCUACGCUUUAUCCUUCUCCAUCGCCAUGACAGCAGCACCAUCCUUCACACACUCAUCAGCCGAAUUGUUAGCAACUCACGGGUAAGAAAUCUCCUGUGUAAUACAUCCUAACAGGCAGGGAACCGUAAUACCUCCUAUACCGGCACUGCUACAGGCAGGGAACUGUGAUGCCUCCUAUACCGGCACCGCUACAGGCAGGGAACUGUGAUGCCUCCUAUACCGGCACCGCUACAGGCAGGGAACUGAUACCUCUUAUACCGGCACCUCUACAGGCAGGGAACUGUAAUACCUCCUAUACCGGCACCGCUACAGGCAGGGAACUGUGAUGCCUCCUAUACCGGCACCGCUACCGGCAGGGAACCGUAAUACCUCCUAUACCGGCACCGCUACCGGCAGGGAACCGUAAUACCUCCUAUACCGGCACCGCUACCGGCAGGGAACUGUGAUGCCUCCUAUACCGGCACCGCUACAGGCAGGGAACUGUGAUGCCUCCUAUACCGACACCGCUACAGGCAGGGAACUGUGAUGCCUCCUAUACCAGCACCGCUACAGGCAGGGAAUUGUGAUACCUCCUAUACCGGCACCGUACGGAGGGAUAAUCCACUUAACAAGAUAUUCUAGUGGGAGUAUCCUUCACGUACAGCAGUGCAUGGUGGGAGAAAUGCUCUGUAUAUUCAGUUCCCCAUGUAGUCCUCUACUGUAAUACCCCUGUAAAGUGACUAAGGAAUCCCCUUGCAUGGGGAAUCACAUAAAUACUGGAGCUUGUGAAUAAACUCUUCAGUUACAUAGAAUGUAACGGCAGAUAAGAACCAUUCGGCCCAUCUAGUCUGCCCAGAACUGUUUCGUCCGGUUACUGGGGGAUUUGGGAUAUUGCCUUCUUUUCUAGCGCUUUACUUUGGAUUACUUUCUGUACCAGCGGAGAUCUUGGGAUUUAAUAUUGCAGCUCUGCUACACCUUGAAUAUUCUGUUUUUGCAAGUAUGCAUCUAGUUGCUGUUUAAACAUCUGUAUAGCCUCUGAUAAAACCACUUCUUCUUCAGGCAGAGAAAUCCACAUCCUGAUUGUUCUUACAGUAAAAAAAAACUUACUUUGCCUUAGAUGAAAUCUUCUUUCUUCCCGUCUAAAGGCAUGACCUCGUGUCCUAUGUAAAGUCCGGUUUGUGAAUAGAUUUCCACACAAUGGUUUGUAUUGGCCCCGAAUAUAUUUGUAUAAUGUUAUCAUAUCCCCUCUGUAAUGGACCGUUUCAGCACACAAGGGGUUGAAACAGUUUAGGUGAUCGUCCCCUUUCAGAGAUGCAGAUACAGCUACUGUAGAACACCAAACUCCCAAACCGCAUGUAAGGGAAUACUCCAAACUCCCGACCGGCAUCCAAUAUAACACUCCAAACUCACGAACUGGAACCAUACGAAUAGGAAAAGCAUCCAAGCAGCUUACACUCCUAGCAAUCAGUCUCUAUCAGCAUUCAGUAAAUCCCCCCCCCAAAGACGAGACAAGGCUCUGUGUUGAGGGUCAAGCAGUGGUCUGUUUAAUGAGGGCUACCUGCCCAUUAUUUAUGCAGGUCUCCCACCCAUAGGGGACCAAAUGGGAGACUGUGACAAAAGACAGACAAGUAGACAAAUAGGACACACAGUCACAUUAUAUUCCCACAAUGCAUCCUGGCUUCCUCCCCUCUGCCCUGGAGACAAUUGAGAAGUAAUUCAAUUAUCUCCCAGGACAAAGGCAAAUCGCCAUUAUGCACGUGGGGAUACUAAAACAUGAAUUACUGUUAAAAUACAAUAUGUGACACAAAUUACAAUAAAACUAUACAUUUAACAUAUCCCCAGAUAGCUCAGGUCUGAGCGCACCUUAUUAAGCGAAUGGCGCUCAGACCACACGAAUACAGUUUAAUCGCCAUGGAGCCAAAGUCUUUACAAACUCAGUUCUCAUACGAAUGAGCUCCAUGGGAUUUCUAUCUGGGGUAUAGUGCAGUCAGGUACAACUACCGAAUACCGGGCCGUUCGUGUACUUCCACCGAACAAGAAGGGAGGUUGGCGGCUUCAGCGGUGUUCGCGCCAAACUGUGUCCGUUUUUAGUUCCAUGAAUUCAGCGUCUAACACUGCAGUGCGUUCGCGUGUUUAAAAUGGCCGCGACCUUAUAUUUGUUAUACGAGUGGCGGCCACCCUGUAUUCGUCAAUUAAGCUUAAUUAAGCUAAUUCUGUAGGGGGAACAAAGUCUUUUAACAUGGGGCCAUAAUCCAAAGGUAGCAGGCGAGCAACCAGGCUUCUCCAAGGCAAGGUGGCGAGAUUGCUCUCGUCACAUCUCUCCCCUUUUCCAAACAGACUAACAGGGUAUCUGACUUCCUGCCAGUCAGUGCCCUUGUUAGUCCAGCAGCCCACCCACAAAACACAAUCAACAGCACAGAUCACCCUCAAUAAAUGGUUACUACACCUGGGUAGAGGAUAAGCUUGUCCAGGUGCCUCACCACGGCUGUGCUGGGUACGGGUAUGCUGACUUGGUGGGUUGCUGAGUGGGCAGAGACCAGCGGUACUCUGCCCUUUUGCCAGCGCUACUGGGGAGGUAGCCUGGUUGUUGGAGGGGGAGACCGACUGUCUCUCCUUUAGAUACACAGCCCUGCUGCUGGAGACAGACUGUCUCCCCUUUAGAUACACAGCCCUGCUGCUGGAGACCGACUGUCUCCCCUUUAGAUACACAGCUCUGCUGCUGGAGGGUGAGACCGACUGUCUCCCCUUUGGCUAAACAGCCCUGUCGCUGGGGGGCAGAACCGACCGUCCCUACCCCCUGUGCUGUACGUGCAGAGACCAUGGUCCCAUUUGCACAGUUGAGGGGCUUACUGUCUCCCCCGGUACAUUAAGCUGCCGCUGGGGAGAGGGGGUAACAAGCUCCUCUCCCAUACAUACAUCCAGCCGCGGGGGAGGGAGACCGACUGUCUCCGCUCCCAAUACAGAGUCCUGCUGCUGGGGAAAGGAGACUGGGCUCCCAAUUCCCAAAAAAUCAUACUGCCGCUGGGGAUCUGAGCCAACCGCCCAGCAUCCCUGUAGCUCACCCUACCACUGGGGAGGGAGGACGCUGCUCUCCUCUCCCUGCAAGGUACACUGCCGCUGGGGGGCAGGACCACUUGUCUCUGACCCCUGUAACUCAGCCUGCCACUGGGGAAUGGAGCUUGGGCUCCCAAUUCCCUGCAGGACCGGUGGAGAGACCUCUGUCCCAUCUCCACCAGCCACCUGGGGUUCUUCCCAGUAAUUUUCUGCCAUAUCUACCCAGCUGAAUGGGUUUGGAUCUGGGUCUCCGCUUCCCUGCUGAGCCUUCUCGCUGGAGUGGAACAGAUCUUGGUAGCCCUGCUCCAGCUCCAUCUCUCGGGUCACUAGGUGGACCAGGUCUUGCUCAAUCUCCUGAGUGUCGUCCCAGUCAUACCUGCUCUCCCUCCACUCCAAUUGAUCACUGAACCGGGCUUGUGUAGGGCUCCCAAAUUCAGGCUCUGAAAAAGCCUCCCAUAACAAGCCAGGACCAUCAAACUCCUCUCCCUCUGGCUUGUCAUGCUCGGCUGUCCAGGGCAGGUACUGUGCCCCAUACCACCAGAGCGCCUGGUAGGCAUCUUCCAGCCACAUCUCUUGCCAUACUAGGUGUUCCAAUUUCUUCACCCAUACCUCCAGGGGCUGCUCUCCCAGGAAGGGCAUCCGCAGGGCUACUCGCUUCUGUAACCGCUGGUCUUCCUUGGGGAAUCUCUUGUCCCGCUGGUACUCCACAAUACCCAGUGCCUGGUACCAGAUGCCUUUGCGAACUGCAUCUCGGUCAUCCAUGACACCCUCAUCAUACUCCACUGCUGGUUCCAUCCGGUGCUGUCAGGGUCGCUGUACUGGGACAUGCGUUGCCCUCAAAUUGUAAAAUCCACGGAAUGGUGUCUCCUGUAGCUGUCCUUCUGGCUGUAGGAACGAUCCCGCCGCUUGCCACCAAUUGUAACGGACCGUUUCAGCACACAAGGGGUUAAAACCGUUUAGGCGAUCGUCCCCUUUCAGAGAUGCAGGCACAGCUACUGUAGAACACCAAACUCCCGAACCGCAUGUAAGGGAAUGCUCCAAACUCCCGAACGGCAUACAAUAUAACACUCCAAACUCACGAACUGGAACCAUACGAAUAGCUGCUAGCAGACGAAUAGGAAAAGCACCCAAGCGGCUUACACUCCUAGCAAUCAGCAUUCAGUAAAUCCCCCCAAAGACGAGACAAGGCUCCGUGUUGAGGGUCAAGCAGUGGUCUGUUUAAUGAGGGCUACCUGCCCAGUAUUUAUGCAGGUCUCCCACCUGGUGGACACUCCCCUAGGGGACCAAAUGGGAGACUGUGACAAAAGACAGACAAUCAGCCAAACAGGACACACAGUCACAUUAUAUUCCCACAAUGCAUCCUGGCUUCCUCCCCUCUGCCCUGGAGAUAAUUGAGAAGUAAUUCAAUUAUCUCCCAGGACAAAGGCAAAUCGCCAUUAUGCACGUGGGGAUACUAAAACAUGAAUUACUGUUAAAAUACAAUAUGUGACACAAGUUACAAUAAAACUAUACAUUUAACAUAUCCCCAGAUAGCUCAGGUCUGAGCGCACAUUAUUAAGCGAAUAGCGCUCAGACCACACGAAUACAGUUUAAUCGCCAUGGAGCCAAAGUCUUUACAAACUCAGUUCUCAUACGAAUGAGCUCCAUGGGAUUCCUAUCUGGGGUAUAGUGCAGUCAGGUACAGCUACCGAAUACCGGGCUGUUCGUGUACUUCCACCGAACAAGAAGGGAGGUCGGUGGCCUCAGCGGUGUUCGCGCCAAACUGUGUCCGUUUUUAGUUCCAUGAAUUCAGCGUCGAACACUGCUGUGCGUUCGCGUGUUUAAAAUGGCCGCAGCUUCUGGGAGGCUAAUUGCCGGCACACUCCAGCUCCCAGGUGGUCUAGUCAUUCGUGCGGUUGUUCGGUAGAUUGAAUCUACCGAACACCAGGCAGAAAAGCACGAAUAAGUCUUUUCUGCAGGGGGAACAAAGUCUUUUAACAUGGGGCCAUAAUCCAAAGGUAGCAGGCGAGCAACCACGCUUCUCCAAUGCAAUGUGGCGAGAUUACUCUCGUCACACCCUCUCAGGCGACGUUUUUCCAAACUAAAGUUUUCUUCAUAGCUAAAAUGCUCCAUUCCUUUUAUUCAUUUUGUAGGCCGCCUCUGCACUUUUUCUAGUGCCAUAAUAUCCUUCUUUAGAACAGGUGCCCAAAAUUGCACAGCAUAUUCAAUAUGUGCUCUUACCAGUGAUUUAUAAAGAGGCAAAAUUAUAUUCUUGUCCCGAGAAUGAAUUCCCUUUUUCAUGCAUGACAAUACCUUACUGGCCUUAGCCACUAUAACCACUUCAGGAAGAUAAAAUUGUUUUACACUGAAUGGAGGGACUGUGCCAGUGGAUUCCAUCCACUAUAACGACUUCAAUGAAAUGGAUAAUUUCUAAUUAUACUGCUGUCCCGGUUUCCGAUUUCUGGCAUGCUAUGUUUAAAGGUUGUGUCUCCCUCUCUCACAGCUCUGCAUGGUUUCACUCACCUUGUUCCGCACUUUACUUAACCUCAACUGUGAAGACGUUCUGCUGCAGCUGGUGCUCAGGUUAGUCUGCCUAUCCUCUCUCCUUAUUGAUAACAAGGCACUUUAUAUCGGUGUCUAUUUUGGCUGAAUACUCGGAGACGCCAUGUGUUCUGCUUCUUAGUCUUUGUUAUGGUUUAUUGUCUGUUCAGGUACCUGAUUCCGUGUAAUCAUGUCAUGCUUAGUCAGCGGAGAGCUGUCAAAGACCUGGACCUGUACUCAAAGACUGCUGACAAAUUCCUGUCCCUCAUCCCACGCUGCUGUCAAAAGGAAUUCCUGGUCUCUCAGGAGCGUGAGGAGGAACAUGCUACCUGGUCCAAAGGUGAGGGAGAUAUCAAACAUUAAUUUAAUGGUCAAUGCCACCAUCCUGCUGUGAGCAGAGGAGACGGCAAGACGUGGUGAAAAAGGUUUUGGUGGACAUCAAUACAAAACAAGCUUUUUGUGAGCUGAAAUUAGCAGUUACAUUUAGUUUAAAGGUAAGAGGAACUCUGGAGAUGGACACCUAUUUCUGAUAAAACUAUACCUUACAAAGUUUCCUGGGCCCUAUGGGUUCUCAUGACAUGCUAGCCUUCCAGACACAAUCCUAGUCUCCCGCAGAGCUGUAUUAUACGCAGUGUUCUGCCUCACCUCCGUGACAGGCAAAGAGGUGAUUAUCUACGGACUGUUUUGCGUUCCAAAUUCUUAAAGACAUGCAAUCCGUGGUGUCUAUGAAUGCAGUCUCGUUUUUCUUUGUUUAGGAGUUUGCAACCUAUAUAAAUGCUCAGUUAAUUUGAGAUGAAUGUAAGGUAACUGAUCCUGAAACUAUUUUGUAAUAGAUGUCACCCAUACCCGGGGGGGAAAAGCUGCUUGGGUGACUACGUUUUGUAAAAAGGCUGUAGAAGAGAGCAAUUAGGUGAGCUGUUUGAUCAUGUCUUCAUAUGAUAAUUAACACGGUUUUAUAUUCCUCCCUACAGCACACGGGAGUCCCAGCAUUGACACUUCCUCUGUAAACACAGUGCCAAGGCCCUCCACUCCUUCUCGCAUGGCAUUCUUCAUGCGUCAAUCCAGCCACACUCCUGAAAGUUCAUCCCCACGUUCUCCCAGCUUCUCUUCCCAAGACAUGUCUGCCGGAAGCCCUAGACAUGGCCCUCUGUGUUGGGAUGAGGUGUCUGAGCUAGAUGGCAACUACCUGGAGUACCUGCAGGAAGCACGUGCUGGCAUAGACCACUGUGCAAAGGCUUGUCGAGUCUGGUCUGCCCCAUAUGAUGGGGAGGAACCCAGCCCACGCAGUCUGUCACCUCCUACCCCUGAGGAAGUUAUCGUUUCACCAGACUACUUCUCUCCAUCUUCAUCUGCUAAUCGAGCCCAGGAUAGCAAGGAAGCACGCCGGCACAUAGUUACCCCACGAACUAAAAAACGUAGCUUGCAAGAGGAAGGAAAGGAAAGCAGAGUGAAUAGUGGACAAUGUGGAGUGGGGGAGGGAGGGCAUGCAGAUGUUGGAGUUCCUAUCCUUGUGAAUGGUUCUGUAGCAGAGGACCAGCCAUACCCAAGUUGCCUUCAAAGGGUGUCCAAUCUGGCUGGUCGCUUUGAUGAGGAUUUGGAGGUAAAAAAAGUGAAAAGAGAGAUGGUGAAGGAGAUCCAUGUGAUGAGGACAGAUGAAGGAGAGCAGGCACUGGGAGCAGAGAAUGGCUCCAAUAAAUAUCCUUCUAGCUAUGGGAAGCUAUGUACUUCCUCUACCUGGGACUCUCCUCAGUCUGUGGAUAGUUUGAUAGACGAAUUACUGGACCAGGCACCAGGAGAGGUUAAUGGGACACAUUUGACUAUUGAAAAACUGGGAGAGGAGCUUAAGGAGAUGGAAGACAGCAUAAAGGAUGUGCUCAUCCCAGAGGAGGCGUUAACGGACUCGCACCUGGAGAACCCACCUCAGGAUGAGGAGGAGAGAGAGUUUGAGAACAGAGAAACGAAAGCCACCAAGAGUAGAGCAGAUUCACUGACUCUUAUUCUCAGCAGCCCUCUACGGGCACAGAAUGGUAGCCAACCAUUUACAGGUGAGAUCAUGGGUGCUAUUUCUAUCAGAAAAUCCUGUAGUACAAUGUGGUCAUCCCAUUGCUUAAAAUGAAAAAUGAUAAAUAAAAAUAAACUGAUAUAGUGAAAAAUAGGAGACCUAUUAACCUAUAAAAAUAUAAAUCUUAAACAAUUCUAAAAUGAUCCUGUCUCAUGAAUGGCAGCGCUUAGAUAAAAUGGAAAAAGUGAAAAAAAAUUAAAUAUAGGUGAAAAUAGAAGUGUAGUCUUUCUUUUGUAAUCGGCUAUUAUGCACAGUCCUUCACUAUUCCAUAUUAUGCAGAAAUGGAUAAAAGCAUAUAAGAAAGUAUGUUAUCUUAGAACUAGAGAGACUGACAUUCAGUAUAGUUAUAAAUACAAUACUGUAAUGAAGGAAAAAAUUCAGUCUUAUAAGUUACAAUACAAAGAAGGGUAAUUUGUAAGAGAUUGUGUCCAGUAUGGAGUUAUUCUGCUGCACAUUAAAAUAUAUACACGAGAUUCCCGACACUCAGACCUGAUACUGAUAGCUUGGCGUCCCAAGUAAGUUUUAACGUGUUUGCUGUUGCAGGAUAAUGUGAAGAUUAGUGUGCUGCUGGAUAGGAGUGUUGGGAGUCCGCUUCCAGGCGCGUUUCUCUGCUACGGCGCCUGUGUCCUGAUUCGCACUCAUUUCAAAGGCUUUGCGUUACAGUUAGCACCUGUUGUCAAAACAUGCUAUAUACAUUAAAACCUAUUUAUCAGUACAUGCAAUUUAUGUUAAUACUGAUGAGUUUAAUCAUAAACGUUAAAUUAUAAAAAAACUGAUAAUUUUACAUAAUUGUAAGAGAAAGUCUGGGUGGGGUUACAAGGAGAAGGCUUACAAAGGCUGCAGACAUGAGAUCUGCAGCUUUUAUAAACGGUUUUCAGGUGUACCCUCAAUGAAAACAAAUGCAUAAUUAAAUGCAGGCAUGUCUUGGGGGAUAUAUCUACUAAAUUGUGAUAUUUAUUUUGGAUUUGGGCACUGGAGUUUUUUUUUUUUUUUUUUCUGGGGGGGGGGGGGGGGUAAAGGGAUACUAUAGUUACCAGAACAACUACAGCUUAAUUUAGUAGUUCUGCAGAGUAUAAUCAUUGCCGUCAGACAUUUUCAUGUAAACACUGUGUUUUCAGAGAAAAGGCAGUGUUUACAUUGCCCCCAGGAACACCUCCAAGUGGUCACUCCUCAGAUGGCCACUGGAGGUGCUUCCUGGGUUAGUGCUGCACAGUAAGCAGCCCUGUCGUUCAGCGUCUCCAAGCUCUGUAUUGAGACGCUGAAUUUUCCUCAUAGAGAUGCAUUGAUUCAAUGCUUCUCUAUGAGGAGUUGCUGAUUGGCCAAAAUGCUGUUUGGCCCCGCCCCCAUGCUGGUUUUGGCCAAUCCAAUGCUUUCCCAAUGGGAAAACAUUGGAUUGGCUAAAAAUCUGCCUUUUUGAUGAUGUGACAAAGGGGUCGGAGCCAGGGCCGGCAGACUCGCAUGGCGCUGGAAAUAUGGCGAGUUUUAAAAUUUUAGAGGGGGGCAGGAUACCUAAAUGGUGGGUUUAGCACUAUAGGGUAGGGAAUACAUGUUUAUGUUCCUGACCCUAUAGUGAUCCUUUAAGAUGGCUGUGACAAGACCAAUCUCGCCACUGUGCAUUGGAGGAGCCUGGUUGCCCGCCUGUUGCCUUUAGACUAUGGCCCCAUGUUGAAACACUUGAUUUUCCCCUGCAAAGACACGAAAGCCGGGUCAUUCGGUGCUUGCCCUGUUUGAGCAGUGAUACCCCAGAUAGCUAUGCCAUGGAGCCCAUUCGUAUAAUGAAAGACUAUGGGAAAGACUUUGGCUCCAUGGCAAUUGAACUGUAUGUGUGUGCUCUGAGUGCCAUUCAGUAAUAAUGUGCGCACAGAUCUGAGCAAUCUGGUGAUCUGUUGAAUGUACCUGUUGUAUGCAAUGGUUGCACAGUUAUAUAUUUUUAUGUAUUUUAUUGUCUUUUGCUACCAUGUGUUCAAUGGAGUUUUGCCUCUGUCCUUGGAGAUAAUUUGAUUACUUCCCAAUUAUCUCCAGGAUAGAAGACUCUGUGGAACUAGUUUUGGGCAGAAAAUCCAUGCUUCAUUUGGUCACAAAGGACUACGAUCUAUCUUUUGAACCAAUGGACCAACUUGUAUGAUUUUGACGUAUGUUUGUAUUUAGAGUAUGCUGAUUCUGAAAAUGUAAAUGUGAUGCAUACUUUUAAAAUUAUGAAUAAUGUGGAAAAACUGUAUUUCUCUGUCUGUGAUAAUUACAUUACCCAUUGUGUAAGGUAAUUGUAUCACAGGCAGAGGGGAGGAUUUUGUGUGGGAGUGUCUGAGUGUAUUGUACAUGUUUAUUGGUUGUUUUCAAAAACCCUGUGGGUGGUACUAAUGUGUAAGAAUGUGUAUAUAAGAACAAUAAACCCACAGCUCUGUCUGUUCCUGUUUUGACCCUCAACACGGAGCCUUGUCUCGUUCUUGGGGGGGGGAUUUAUUGUAUACUGUUCCAGUUCGACUGCUCGGAGUGUAAACCUUUUGUAUGGUUUUUCCUAUACGACUGCUUACAACAUUCGCGUUUUUGAGAGCAUUCACAUGCUUCUCCGGUUCGGUGGAUUGGUGUCUACAGUAGCUGUGCCUGUGUCUCUGGAAGGGAAUAUCUACUAAACUGCUUUUAACCCCUUUUUAUGCCUGGGGGUGCCGUUACAAUGGCCUUCCACUGGAAUUAAGCCUGUUACCUUAAAAUCAGUCAGAGACCAUUAUCCCUCCUCCACCAAACAGUACUGUGCAUUCCAAUAGGUAGUGUUCACCUGGUAUCCCCCACACCCCAGACUCUUUCAUCAGAAUGCCAGAGAACUCGUUUUUGUGCUGAAAGUAAUUUCCAGAGGCAGUUUGGAGUUGUAGUGAGAGGUUAAAGGACCACUCUAGGCACCCAGACCACUUCAGCUUAAUGAAGUGGUCUGGGUGCCAGGUCCAGCUAGGGUUAACCCAUUUUUUAAUAAACAUAGCGGUUUCAGAGACAUAUAUUGUAUCAGUUCUUUAUAUGUGUAUAGCUGGACGUCACACUCUCUCCGUUUAAAGAACUGAUACAAUAAAUGGAGAGGAAGACAUCCAGCUAUACACAUAUAAAGAACUGAUACAAUAAACGGAGAGAGAGAGACGUCCAGCUAUACGCAUAUAUUGUAUCAGUUCUUUAUAUGUGUAUAGCUGUAUCUCUUCCGCACGCGCUCUCUCUCUCUUUCGCGCGCGCGCUCUCUUUCCUCCCCCGCCCCCCCGUUUAUUGUAUCCGUUCUUUAUAUGUGUAUAGCCGGACAUUUUCCUCUCGGUUUAUCAUAUCCAUUUUUUGUCUCCUCCGACAGGUCCUUUCAUUGCUGUACUUUUUGCUAAGUUGGAAACCAUGCUACAGAACUCUCUGUAUGUCAACUUCCUGCUCACAGGGAUCAUCACUCAGCUUGCUUGUCAUCCUCAGCCGCUCCUCCGCUCCUUCCUACUCAACACCAACAUGGUCUUCCAGCCCAGUGUCAAGUCUCUGGUGCAGGUAAGGGCUGAUAAGCCAGCACCAGGUCUUUCCCUAAUUAUUUCUUAAUAAAUUGUUAUAUGCUGUGGGUCUAGUCAGGGGUGCAGCAGAAGGUGGAUAUAAUUACCUUCUGUUCCCCUGUGUUCAUAGAUAUCUUCUUUCUUCAGCUCCUGCUGCAUCAUCCGCUAGCAGCCAUAUCGUUCUGUCUCCCGAACAAACAUUGUGAGCAUUUCAGAAACACAGAGGCCUUUAAUUACCAUUCACACUUCCUACUGAUCAGAUUUCCCGGUGUUGGUAAAAGUCACAUUAUCUCUUGAUUAUCCAAUUAUUGAAUAUCUGGCUCCAUUGUUAAAGGCAAACUCUAUCUCCAAAGUAUUUUGUGCACAGAAAAUCAAUGGAAUAAAAAACACACCAAAAAACGACAGAUGUUUAUCAUGCACAGAACUCGCAUAGGUGCCCAGUUAGACCUGGAGUUCCACAUGGAGAGAGAAAUGUAUAGAUAUAGACUACUGUGAAAAUAGUGAAAAAUGUGGCAACGUAAAAAUGCUUUUAGUGUAGAAAUGCUAAUCAUUUUUAACAUCAAUUAACAAAAUGGAAACUAAUUAAAACAGAAGAAAAUCAAACCAAUACUUUGUGUGACUGCCCAUUGUCUCCAAAACAAGUUACACUUACACAGUGAGGGAUACUGGAGGCAUGUAUUCAGGGGUACACUUACACAGUGAGGGAUACUGGCCAAACAGGCGGCGAUAAUGCUGAGCUUGCCAAACAGGCGGCGAUAAUGCUGAGCUUGCCAAACAGGCGGCGAUAAUGCUGAGCUUGCCAAACAGGCGGCGAUAAUGCUGAGCUUGCCAAACAGGCGGCGAUAAUGCUGAGCUUGCCAAACAGGCGGCGAUAAUGCUGAGCUUGCCAAACAGGCGGCGAUAAUGCUGAGCUUGCCAAACAGGCGGCGAUAAUGCUGAGCUUGCCAAACAGGCGGCGAUAAUGCUGAGCUUGCCAAACAGGCGGCGAUAAUGCUGAGCUUGCCAAACAGGCGGCGAUAAUGCUGAGCUUGCCAAACAGGCGGCGAUAAUGAUUUUGAAUUUCAGUCAAAAUAUACAUUAGGACAAACUAGGGACUACUUUCUCUUGAGUAUUUUUUCCUUAUUUGACAAAAAUGCAGAGCUACCGCUGUCUCUAGUGACAACUGAAAGACAGGUUCAGGUAAGUGAAACUCGCCUUAACUUCAUGUAGGUUAAACAUAAAAAAAACUGGAUGAGGAAAUGCCAAACUCUAACAAGGGGAGGUUACUGGAGACAGUGUCAUGUAACUCAUAGACAGUGGCUGAGCCGGCAGCAAUCUGGUUCUAUUGUAUCAGCACGGUUUAAUAUUAGUCCUAGAUAGAGGACUACUUGCCAGCCUUUUGCCCUGUGACUAUGGCCCCUUUAAUUUGUUUUGGCCGAGACCCUAUUUGUGGCUAUGCUUUCUCCUCUCCCUUCCAGUAGAUCUUAAAUUCUGCUUUGGUGCAACUUUUGUUAAAAAUAUAAGAAUAAAGAAAAGGGUGCACUCAUAGUAACGCUCAUGUCAAUUAAACUGUGUUCUUCGAACUCCCGAACAGUCAAAGUGGCCGCCAUUCGACAUUUGAACACGUGGUGGUGGCGGCCAUCUUGUUUGUAUGGGCUAAAACCGUGAAUAAACUUCAGGGGUACUUAGCCACGAAUUCACUGGAACUAUUUUCGGCAUGAAAACCUUGCGGUUCCCGGUCUGUCCUCCAGCGGCAAUUAGCCACAAAUCUAUGGAACUGUUUUGGGCAUAAAAUCCUUGGUUCGCCUGGGCAAAAAUGACUUCCAUAAAAUUUCUGAACCCCUUAUCUGAUCUGGGUGGUUUUUGAAUAUGUUGUUCACCCAGAUCAGAGCUGUCAGGGGAUGUAACAUUUAUGGUCUCCUAUUGGGGGGGAAUUGCUAUAUCACUACAAGGGAUUGCUGUGAUCAUCAUACUCCCUUGGAUAAUCAGCUCUUAUAACAGCUGUUCCUGCUAUGCUUACCCACUGGAACCUGGAGCCUUGUCGUAGGUCCAGGGUUGGUAGGAGACGGCGAGACAAGCUGCUGCAGUUCGUGGGGUCUGCAGUACUUAUGGUGUCUGGACAAGUGCUUGGAGCCCUCGGUAAGCACGAAGAGCAUCCGUCGGUGGAGGUACCCAACUGGGGUACAGGAAGCUCCGUUACAGUGGUCUUCAUAGACUUGUGGCCAAAAAUCCAUACAACUGAAAAACAAAAUUGGGGUGCAGAAAAUGGCAGCAGGUCCUCUGGACUGUGAAGUCAACAAGAAUCUUUGGCCAUAGCAGAAAGCAGUGUAUUCGCUGUGGGACUGGAGAGCUUAAUAUAAAUGCGUGUCUGCCGGCAACAAUGAAGCAUUGUUGCACAUUUCGGGUGACAUUUCUACAAAUUUUGUAAAAUGAAUGGUUUCCUGAAUGCUGAGCAUUACACGCAGAUAAUUAUCCAUCACUUCUGACUGGCCCCAUAUUUAUUAUAGUGCUUUGAAGGCACAGUGUGGGCACACUAAUGCUGAUUUGAUUUAGAUUUUUAUUCUGCUCACUCACUCAUAUCACCAACUGGCACUCUCGCCAGUAACCUCCAACCACAAAUGGACAGAACUGACUCUGAGGGUCAUAUUAGCAUAUGUCAUUUAGUUUCAGGUCACUUAAUCUGUUUAAUAUAGAACCUGGUAUACUGCUCCAUGACCAGUCAUAGAGAGUCAUUAUAAACCAGUAGUUAGUCAGUGUAGCGGAGCUCCCUGUACCUCCGCCAAGGACCGCUUCCUAGCUGGAACAGGGAACAAACUGCAGCAUUUCUGCCCACAGUCGCCGUGGCUUGACUGUGGCCCUGGAACCGCUUUCUCCUGGAGCCAAAUGGGGAAUUCGCUCUAGACACCCCCUAGGCACUGGAUGACACUCAGUCCUGGGAGCUCUAGUCCUUACAAGGACUUUCCCCGUUGAAUCCUCCACACUGGAACAAGUGUGUUUUGUUUUUUUUAAGGAGUAGCCCUUUCCCCUCCCAGUAACCAGACAAUACAUAGUUCUGGGAAUACAAUCUGGAAUGCCUUUAAUGGCAGCCACAACUGGCCUUAUAUGCAUGUCCCCAUGCAAGGUGCACUACCCCUGGACCUGAGAGUAAACCACAGAAGAAACAAAUACACCGUUACAUGGGCUCUCAGAUCCAGGACACUCCCAUACGUAAUCAGAUAAUCUCUCCUCUGUUAAACAAAACAAACACAUCCAACACCUUAUACAGAUAAAUAAUGUGCUGGAAGAACACUUAUCUUGAUAUAUCGUGAUGAUAGUCUUCUCCAGGAAUAUCCCAGAUUAUAUUCCUUUCUAUAUGGUACAAAAACAGAACAUAUAUAUGUUUUUAUAUGUAGAUCUACAGCCACACUCUCCAGUAUACUUAAUCCCUCAUCUGUGCCUGGGAGAUUUUUGGAUCAGGAACUGUACUAAUCUAAUCCAAAUAUCUCCAAGCACAGAAAAAACAUACGUUUCUAAAACACCCCAAACGUAGCCUAAAAAUGCAUAAAAAUUCCACAAAAGUUGCUGUGACGAAAUUCCUGUUUGGAAAGACUCAGGGAAACCGCAUUUCGUCUAAAUAUUUGUGUGUUUGGCUAUUUUGUGUAUUUGUAAAGGAGCCGAACAAACUCCCCAACCACCCGACCUCCCACCAGGGUCGUGUGCAGCUCAUUUACCACCCAGACCGUUCUUCUGUCCGAGAGUCACUAGGGAGUUGCAGGAUUACUGUCAGACCUGCGAGGUAUGCCAAAAGGUGGGAAAGAGGGGAGACCACCCCCGGGCAUAAUAGAGGAACCGUUUUUCCAGGUGGCCGUAGAUUUAGUCGGGCCACUCAGUAAACCCAGUCCAUCCGGUAAGAAAUACAUUCUUACUGUGGUGGACUAUGCUACCCGCAAAAAUUGAGGCCAUCACACACUGGCCCCAACCCCGGACUAAGACACCGGUUAUGGCGUUCCUAAGCACCGCUUGUUAUUAUAGAAAAUUCGUAUCUGAAUACAGUGCUCUGACCAAAACCCCUGACUGACCUCACUAAAAAGUCCCUGUCCCGACAAGUAGUCUGGUCCCCUGAGUGCGAGGAGGCUUUUCCAGAAACUCAAAGCUGCGUUAAGUGCAUCUCCUGUGUUGGCGGCACCUGAUCAUACUAAAAGGUUUCUCGUUCACACAGAUGCCUCAAUAUUUGGACUGGUAGCGGUAUUAAGCCAGGUUGGGGACGAUGGCAUGGACUACCCGGUGGCAUAUCUGAGCAGGAAACUAUUACCACGCAAAGUCAGCUAUGCCACCGUUGAAAAAGAGUGUCUGGCAUUAGUUUGGGCACUUAAGAAAUUGCAACCUUACCAUUAUGGACGUUCCUUCACAGUAAUGACAGAACACAACCCUCUGAUUUUGCUUAACAGAUGGAGCUUGGCACUACAACCCUAUAAUUUCACGAUGCAGUAUCGCCCCGGGAAGCAGAACGCCAACGCUGAUGGCUUAUCACGACAGACUGAACUGGAAAAAUAACACGGUCAUCCGGACAUCCCCUAGCCGACCCGUCAGGAUCUAAGUGGGUAUUCCAUGGGACUAAGGGGGAGCUGUGUGACAAAAUCCCUUUGUCACAGACUCAGGGAAACCGCAUUUCGUCUAAAUAUUUGUGUAUUUGGCUAUUUCGUGUAUUUGUAAAAGAGCAGAACAAACUCCCGAACCACCCGAACUCCCACCAGGGUCGUGUGCAGCUCAUUUACCACCCAGACCUUGCAGUUAACCGCAAGGUAAUUGAUGAAAGGCUUGGUGGUUCGCGUUCGGUUGCCGAACACGUGGCGGUCACCGUUUUUAAAUCGUGGAACGCUCAGCGGUAGAUGGAACUGUUUUUGGACACUUAUUUAGCCGCACACCGCUGAAGUGCACCAAAUUCCCAUCCAUUCAGUUAAUAACUCCACUUUACCGUUCAGGACUUUACUAUUCUACGAGCUAGACCGACCCCAGGUAGCUGCAGGAUUCAAUCUCCCAAACAACCGGUGAACUAAAAACUUUACUCGACGAUAUUGAGAACUGUGUUCGUGGGAUCUGAGCGCUAUUCGUCUAUAUUGUGCGCUCAGAUCCAAGCUAUCUGGGGGUAUGUGGAACAUGGAGACUACGUUCAGCCAAAUAUGAGUUAUGGAUUUUAAUACAGUUUUGUCAAAAUGUAAAAAGGACAUGUUUUCUCUACCUGGAGAUAAUUAGGUUCUAUUUAACCACUUAAUUUAAUUAUCUCUGGGAUAGAGGGGAGGGGUUGCACUGUUACUGUGGGUGUGUUUAAUAAUUGUAUUGAAAACUGAUUGGUUCUGUAUAUUUUGUCACAGUUUUCCACAAGGUCCCCUGUGGGAGUUUGCUUGCUGGGACACCAUCAUAAAAGGCUGAGUUUGGCCAUCAAUAAAUCAGAUCGUUUUACCCCUUCAUGAAGUCUCGACUCAUGUUUGGGGGAAUUGGGAGCUAUAAUCACUACUUCGUUAUUAUUCUACUGGGAGUUCGGGAGAAGCUGCAAGGAUCGGUACUACAGAGAUAACAGGAUCCUUCAGUUGCGUCCCCUGAUGGCACUGAUCUGGGUGGCCAACAUAUCCAAAUUCGCCCAGAUCCGUUCAGGAAUUAUCUGGAAUUCAUUUGUUUGGUUUAAUUCGGUAGUUUAAAAAUGAACAAACUACCAAACUUAGUCAAUAGUCUUACCCUGGAGCUUGUUCCCCUUGUUUGUGGGCGUGUUGUCUGUUACGGUUACCUCCGGGCUAGCUGUAGGUUGGACCGCUUGGAUAUCCUGGUUCCCGAUGUUGGAGAGGUAGAACAUCGCUCCUAUCAGCAUCCACAAUAUUCUCCUGAAAGUGUAGAAUAAUCCCACUAGCUAUGGCACCACUAGUAUACACUAUUCCCUACAAAACGAGUCGAGGCUGCGAUUUGAGGGUAACACAAACUGGUUUUAAUGGCACUCAGGCGGGUCAAUUUAUGCAACUCUCAGACCAAAGGACAGCCCCCUCGGGACUUGAUGGUACACAGGACCAUGACCUAGUUUAUCCAAUGGAAACUCAGUGCAACAUUUGAAAAUGUCCCUGCCUAACUUGGAGAUAAUUGGCCUUAACGGUUACAAUGACCUAAUUAUCUCUAAGCUUAUGGAAAUACCACAUUUUACACCCAUAAGAAAAUAACAUAAAAAUAUAUAACUUUAAUAUUUUAAUACGAAAACAGUUCAUGCGACCAUUCGCCAGAUAGCUCAGAUCUGAGCGCACAAGAUGUAUGAAUCGAGCUCAGAUCUGAGCGCACAAGAUGUAUGAAUCGUGCUCAGAUCUCACGAACGAUGUGCCAGAGUUCUGAUAUAGAAGUCUGUUCGUACAAUCUUGGGCCGAACGGAUGGGACAACCGGCCUCUUAGCGGGAUUCGUGCAGUUCCAUUGCCGAUUUACAGUUCUGGAGAUUUUACUGCCAAGUACAGCUGAACCCUCGCUUGCAACAAGAUGGCCACUGCCUCGUGUUCGGUAUGCGAACGGCGAUCAUCAGGGAAUGUACUUUUUGUGGGGUUCCUGAGUAUGGUUGGGGGACUUUUGGGGUACGGGAAAUUUUGGGGAAUUUUUUGUGCUUGAGACAUAAUUAAAUUGAAGGCGUUUACAGAGGUAAUUAUCUCUCAGGCACAACAUUUCCUGGGAUUGAAACCCUUACAUUUUCUGUCUGUGAAACCCCUUGCAUGGGAGAUGGCAUAAAAACUGUGUAUGUGACAAUAAAAAGCAGUUUUACUUCCAGAGUGGAGUGUCGUCCAUUUGCUGGGGAUGAGAUGGUUGAUUCCAGGGUUAUCUAACUGUGUUUGGCUGUUCCAUUGGAUUGUGUUGCUUGUUCCUGUGUAUAUCUUGGAGUACCCAGCGGAGGAGAGUCCUUGCUAGGACUAGGGCUCCGCUACAUUGGUUGGCAGCGGUGGGAUCCAGAGCUCACAGAGGAACAAGUACCAGUGGAUUUAGCAAUGCCAGAUGGACCGUGGAUGGAGAUAGACUACUCCAUUCUAAAACAUUAAAGGAUCUCCUAGAGGCAACAGGGAUAUCAGCGAGCAGCAAGAAAAAGGCUACCCUCGUUGCUGAAGUGAUUGCGGAAUAUCGAAUGCAUAGCGGUUCGGCUCCCGAACGGAGCAGUUCAGGACACAAACGAGAACCAUCAGAGUUCCAAAAAGGGAGUUACAAUUCCGGCUGCCCUUUUAUGGGGGAAAACCAGUCUAUAGACAUUAUUUCAUGAACCAUGUUGGAGGUCCAGGAGUUCGUGCUCAGGCAAAUGGAUCAACAAACUCCCAAAAGAACCCAAGUAAUGACUAGUGAUAAAAGAAGGUAAGGCCAAAAUACCCUAUAAUGCAUUUAAAAACUAUGUAGAGGCAGAGGAAGAUAUUGAUGCAUCCUUCCAAGAUUUUGAAAGACAAAAUUGAUGUUGAUGACUGGGUCCCCCUGUUGGUGAACAGACUGUCAGGAAGAGCAGCGGAAGCUUACCGCACUGUUCCAGAAGAUGAAAUAAGGAAUUAUGGCCGGGUAAAGUAAGUGAUUCUCUCCAGGGAUGCCAUCACACCAGAGGCAUACCGCAGGAGGUUCAGAGAACUGAAAAAAGCCAGUAAGAAUUAACGUGCCGAAUGGGCCUGCCGAUUACACCAGGCAGCCCUGGGGUGGGUGAAAGCCCACAGAGCAAGCACCAUGGAGGACUUGUUAAAGUUGGUGCUACUGGAGCAUUUUUUUAAUGGGUUGGCUCCAGAUAUACAGGAGUGGGUGAGAGACCGUAACCCCACUGCUACCACAGAAGCCGCAAGGCGAGCGGAUGAAUAUUUGGAAAGAUUGAGCAUAUGCGCAGGGAUUGCCCCCAGACCCGAGACCAGGGGCCAUGGAUCUGCCUGGGGCCACCACCCACGUGAACCUCAGCCCACUACUAUCAGGCAGAGCCUCCAGCCCAGUAUGCCGCCCCUGCAUCAGCCGUAGAGCAUUGGGAAGUUCUGCAUGAAGCGGACCUGCUAAAGGCGGACGCAGAUAACCACCAACAUCAUUGGCAGACCGUAAUCUUGUCCGGGAAGGAGGUAAGAUUGAGGCAGUGGCCAACUGCAAGGCCGAAGUGAAGACGCAGGUGUUGGCUUUCCUAGGGACUGCAGGGUACUAUAGGGAGUUUGUGCCCAAUUAUAGCACCCUGGCCAAACCCCUUACCGACCUGACCCGUAAGAAUCUUCCUCGCCAAGUAGUCUGGUCCCCGGCGUGUGAGCAGGCAUUCCAACAGUUAAAAACAAGCCCUGUCUUGGCUGCCCCCCAAUCUAACUAAACGCUUUCUUGUCCAUACAGACGCUUUUAUGUUUCAAUUGGGAGCAGUACUGAGCCAAGUCGGGCCCGAUGGCGGAGAACAUCCCGUGGCUUACAUCAGUCGCAAGUUGUUACCUCGAGAAGUAAGCUACACCGCCAUCGAGAAGGAAUGCCUGGCCGUGGUGUGGGCACUGUAAAAGUUGCAACCUUAUUUAUACACAGACAGACCUUCUUUGCUCACGCAUCACAACCCGUUGGUCUGGUUAAACCGGUUGGCGAAAAACAACGUUGGGCUGCUAUGCUAGAGUUUAGCGCUGCUGCCUUUUGAUUUCACUAUACCUUACCCCCCUGGGAAACAAAAUGGAAAUGCUGACUGGUUGUCGAGACACAGAAUUGGAAAAAUGAUCCGUGAGCACACCCGGCCAUCCCUAAGCCGAUCCCUAGAGGAUCAGACUGUAUGCUGGCUUGUGGUUACGGGGGAGCAGUGUUUGGCUUUUCCAUUGGAUUGUGUUGCUUAUUCCUGAGUAUAUCUUGUAGUACCCAGCUGAGGAGAGUCCUUGCUAGGGCUCCGCUACAGUCCUCAAUCUCUCUGUUCCUGUCCAACUCGUCUGGUUAAAAUGACUUGUCUGUUAGUCCACCCAUUGAACUACCGAACUUGUUGACGCUUUAUAAAUAAUAAUAUAAUCAAUAUUCUUGAGAAAGGAAAAACGUUGAUUAAGUACAGAUGGUAUUAGAAAUGUUAUAUUAAACACAAGUGUUACUAAGAGGACCUACAAGUGCACCGUUUUAUGUAUUCUUGUAUAUAGGGCCAAGAUCCUGUGGGAUUUUCAGAUCUAAACUGACCAGCAAGUACUGGCCAACCAACAGUUGCAGUUGUGGUGGAUGUGGCAAUACCCAGUGACUAUAACAUCAGGAAGAAGGAACAUGAGAAGAUAGUCAAAUACCAAGGACUGAAAGAAGAGCUAGAAAGGAUGUGGAAAGUGAAGGCAGUAGUAGUCCCAUCUGUGAUAGGAGCACUCGGGGCUGUGACUCCCAAGUUGGGGGAAUGGCUUCAGCAGAUUCCAGGUGGAACAUCUGAGAUUGCUGUCCUGAAGAGUGCAGUUCUAGGAAUAGCUAAGAUACUGAAUGGAACCCUCAAACUCCCAGGCCUCUGGUAGAGGACCCGAGAAUGAGGAAUAAAACAUACCACCCAGGAGAGGGUGAGAAAAUCAAUUCUAUAGAACAAUGGAAAAAACAGGAAAUAAAGUGUGCACAAACACCUUCAUCUAAUGCCUUAAAUGGAAUUUAUUUAUUUUUUCCAACAAUAAAUACGUGUUUUUGUCUGUAGUGUUGACAUUUUAAUGCAGGAGUAUGUUUGCGUGUAGUUUUUGUGUUUGCAUGUAGUGUUAGUGUUUGUAUGCAUGGGUGUAUUUGUAUGUAGUUUUGGUGUUUUAAUGUAGUGGUGUGUGCGUGCAGAUUGUUGGUAUUUGAAUGUAGUGGUGUGUUUGUAUACAGUUUUUUUUUUUUUUUUCAAACAAAUACACCCCUGCAUUCAAAGACAGUGUUGGCGUUUGAAUGCAGGGUUAUGUCUGCUUGAAGUGUUUGUAUGCAGGGGUGUGUUUGUUUGUAGGGGGUGUAGUGUCAGUAUGCAGGGGUGUAUUUGCAUGUAGUGUCAGUAUGCAGGGGUGUAUUUGCAUGUAGUGUUUGUAUGCAGGGGUGUAUUGUUGGUAUUUGAAUGUAGUCAUGUGUUUGUGUACAGUUUUUUUCAAACAAAUACACCCCUGCAAUCACACACAGUGUUGGCAUUUGAAUGCAGGGAUGUAUCCAUUGCCACACACACUCAAAUACACAACACCCAGGUAUUCAAUAACACUUUUGCAUAUACACACACAUAUAUGUACAUAUACAGAUAUACCCACACACUGACACAGAUACACAUUUACAAAUAUACACCCAUGCAGGUACACACACAUAAGCAAUUAAUCACCACUUGUUUCUUUAACUUUUGUGUACAGAAGGGUGGCUUCCCUGGGGUCCAGUGGGAGCUGGCUGGCCAAGGCUGAUGGGAGUCUGUAUGUGCCUGCUCCUGCCUCACCGCAUGGCUUUCAGCAAGCUGGGAGAAAGUGACCUGAAUUAACUUCCUCCUGCCGGUCGAGGGAGAAACUAACACUGUGACAGGCGCCCGAUCCGCGACAGGGACCAACCUGUGCCCCUAAUGUAAGAGCCCUCCAGAGUCCCACAGCCAACCCGAUGGAGCUCAGUCACUCACAAAUUCUACACUGGCAUUACUGCUUUCUAUUGCCACACACCAAAUUUGUGGGAUCUGCAGACUGUGUUUCACAGCCCUGAGUUAAAGGGUUACCACAGCAAAUAAUACAUUGUCAGAGUAACCCUUAAUGGAAUGCGCCCCACUAUAUAAAGCAUAUACAGAGCCAAGUUCUCCCUGCAGCCCUUGCAGAGAGAGAGAGAGGACAGCGGGUGGAAGGGAGGACACCUGAACGCUACGUGUAGUGGGGACAGAUGCCUAAUAUGCACAGUAUUGACAUUAGACCUCUCCAUAGAGCUGCUUUUCCCCUCCGGGCUGGCUAAUAACAAUGCCACAGCUGGAAACUGAAAAGCUGCACAUACAGACUCCACACACCAUAACCACUUCAAAUCACUUCAUUUCUCAUGGUGCAUGGAGGAACCCUUUAAUGAUUGCAAAGACUUUAUGUAUGCGUGAGUCUGUCUAGCUACAGUUUAACGACCGUAGAAAGUAGUUUCUCACAUUCUGAGAGUCCUUUAGGUGCCAAGUCUGCUUGCAUGUGUUUUGCAAUGAGGAUGGUCUUCUGUCUGGCCAGUUUGCCAUAAAUGUUGCUGUGACGGUUGUCUUUCUCUUAUCUCCACACAUGAUCUCUGGAGCUCGCCCAGAGUGAACAUUGGGUUAUUAGUCACCUCUAGUUCCAAGGCUCUUGUCCAAUUGCUUAUUUUAGUUGAUUCAGGUUCGUCCUCAGUGCUUGAUUCUCCCUUCUUCUUACAGGUUCUUGGUUCAGUGAAGAAUAAAAUUGAAGCCUUUGCUGCAUCUCAGGAUGAUUUCCCCACUUUACUCUUCAAAGCCAAGAAGUACCUGAUUGCUCGAGGGAAGCUGGACUGGUGUGAGAGCCAGAGCUCGGUUCCUGCCCUGCGCCGGUCCGACACCCUGGGUAAUCUCUAAUCUCCAUCGUUUCCAAUAAUCUGGUUCUGUAGCACAGAUUCCCCUCUCCACCAGAGACACAUGGCAGUAUGCACCUUUCUGCUCUGUCCCCUUACCUCUGCAUUUUGAAGCUUGUUCUCACAGAAGCUCUGCUUGUGAGAUGUUUGUUAAACUCACACCUAUUCUCUCCCCCCUCCCCCCCCCCUUCCGCAUACUGCCUGUAAAGCUGACUACCCUCAUCCCCCAACUGACACACAUCUCCUGUCUCAGUGAAGUUGUUUGGGUGCCCCUGUUGUUUUAACUCUGAGACUGCACAUGUGCUCUAGCUUUCCAGUUUUCUGAGAUCAUAGUGAUUGGAUUGGCUGAGAUCAUUACAAUUGGUGAUCUUGCCCAAAUAGGUGGGCUAGCUGUGACGAGGGACAAAAGAUAAGUAAACUCUCCUUUCUCCUUCACACGGGAGGGGGGUGUACCUUAACUAGUUAUUAGAUCACUAUAUCAUUAGGAAUACAUGUUUGUAUAUUUAAUGUUAUAGUGUACCUUUACUGCUGACUGCAUGUAAUGUUGUGUUAAAUCAUGCUGCCUCCGCCUUUUUUUUGACAAUAACGAACUGUCUUUUUUAUGUUUCCACAGUAAAAAGUCGCAAACCGUCCAUAGGGGAAUUAAUUCUCCGUCACACCAACAGCCCCACACGUGCCCGGCAAGCUGCCCAGAUGGCGUUUCAGCAUGUGCGAGAUGGGCAAGUUCUCCACGCUCUGUCAGGAACCUCCAUUUUUAAGAGUUCAGCUGAAAAACAGAACGAGGCCCUGCGAGUGAAGAAUGCCGUGUACUGUUCGGUAAUAUUUACUGAAUUCAUGAAAGAACUGGCAGCCAUAGCCCAGGAACAUGCAGUCACCUCCCCAUAUCUGCUGGCAGACACUGAAGAGUGACACAAUCCUCCUCCAUCUAUGGUCCCUAAACACACUCAGGGGAAUGGAAUCCAGCCAUUCCUUGUAUCUCCUAUAGAUGAAAGGUGCCCUGUAGAGUCUGGGCAGUCAUUGACUUGAGUUCUUCGGAAUGUACAGACUUGUUGGAGACGGCACUUUUCAUGGGUUUUCUAAGAAAAACCAUUAACCAUGGAAGGUGGAUCAAUUAUCGUCCGUUGGCUUUUCUAGAUUUUUAUGGAGUCGGUCAAAGGAGGAAUACCUCUUAACUGCUGAUCCUUAUUUUGGAUCCUUAUUUUUUCCUUCAGACUUUGUGAGGAAAAUAAACUUGAUUUUAUGGUCCCAGAGUCCACCAUUCAAACUAGGGGGUCUGACCCCUAAAUGAUGGACAGAUACUUGGGGCUCCCUCUUUCUGCACCCCUGUUUAGUGUCUCGUUGAUUGUCCCACUCACUGCCUUCACCCGGGUCUUUUUACAGGGUUCCUUCUUAAGACAUUAGAGGAACCUUGUGGGAUUAUAAGUGGGUUUUUAACUUAUUUGAGCAGGAAUGUGUUGAAUUGUCUGGAUGAAGCAGUUUUUGUGUAUGUAUAUAUCUGUAUGUACUUGUAGAUAUAUAUAUUUAAAUACAAUCUCUCACACAUACUGUACCACAUCUUGUCCAAGCAUUGCGUACACAUUUGGGGUUCUUGGAUGACCCCAAAACAAUCUACUGGCAAUUAGCAGGAUUAAAACGGAGUGGACGCUUGCCCAGUAAUGGGAGUAAAAUUGCGUGGUCCUCGUCCAUUGUAGAAUUUAGGGUGAGAGUGGUCCUAGCCCACUGACUACGUCAGGGCUGAAAUGACCAAUGAUUUUUAACUGCCUCCUCUGGAGUAAUUGGUUUUAACCCCUCCCUGUCCUCUCCCCUUCAGACCUUUUAUCAUUUUAUUUGUAAAUCUUUUGAUUUCUUAGGCAGCCAUGUAUUCUGUUGGGUGUCUUAGUGUUUGUUAGUGUGUUAAGGUAGUUUAUUUACUACAAUCCAUUUUCCUAUUUGAUGUUAUUUCUACUUUGCAGGGGUCAAAAGCCAAAUUAUAUUUUCAAGAGAUCACAGUCUGGGGAGAGCAUAGAGGUUCACAUGAGAAUACUGGCCAUUUACUUACCAUCACUAAAUGACUACAUGGGUAGCCCCCUGCUGUAACGCAUAAUGCCCCCCCACCACCACCACCAUACAGCCAACAACACCCCUGCUCUUACAAAUACAGCCCCCACUCUGUAAUACAUAGAGCCAAAAACCCCAACUCUAAUGCAAACAGCCCCCGCUUUAAAACACAUUGCCUUCCCCAGCUCUCGCUUACAGGCAUGAGCACACCCUCUUCCCCCACAGCUUUAGCAGAGUCCUUAAUGCCUCUAUGUACAUUGUUUGAAUAUGGCCGCCAUAGACCAAGUGUGGGUCCACUUAGAGCGCAGUGUAUUAUAAUAAUUAUUAUUACACUUUGUUACAUCUGAGUCAAAUGCCAUUUAAUUCAAACCUGUCAGAUCCAUUAUUAAGUGAGACUCCACAGCUAAUCACAGACCACCGAGAAAUACAGCCAGAUGUUGCCUGUCUGCGAGGUGGUUUUAGCAGUUUUUUUGGUAUACAUGUAAUUAACCUCCUUAUUCUGCAGACACUCUGAUUUUAUGUUAAACUUCUGUAGUAUGCUUUAUAUUUUACUUUUCGACUUGUCUAAGCAUCGUCCAUAACGGCAGUGAUUCAGAAUGCAGUCCUUGUAAUCUCAGCUGAAAUGAAACCUGUAUUGUACAGCGGAAUGAAUUCUAAUAGAACGCCUUGCAGUAAAGCUAUUAGAGUGCGCUCACACCUUCAGAGGCCAUUUUCACCCUAACUUGGAAUUGUGCUAUUUUCAUUGAACUUGUUUUAGAUCCUUUUUUUUUUUUUUUUUUUAAAUCCUUUUUAAUCCCGAGUAUUUUGCUUGUCGAUCAGAGAGAUUGUAUCCUUAUUGUGUCUGUAUAUGAGUUUGUGUAAAUCUGUGCAGUGUGUGUAUGCGAUAUCUGGGUGCAGUAUAUGAACUGGAGGAUGUUUAGCGUUAUUUGGCUCCGGCGGGUCCCUUUCCCACCAAAACACUCAUUACGUUGAGCCUCCACGUUUAUUACUCCUCUGCGUUAAUUUAUUUAGCUGGAAGCGUGUAUGUUCUGGCUGUGAAUAUUUAUACGGAUUUAGAGGAAAAAGCAGCUAUACGAAUAGGCAAACACCCUUAUCUCAGUUUUCUAUAUUAUUAUAAAAACCUUAACAUUGCUGCUUAUUGUAAUUACACUAAACCGGUCGCUAUAAUUCAUUAUGGGAAAUGUGCCAUUAUAAGCAAUUGCUCUAUUGUCUCUCAUAUUCCCCCCAAUAUAAGGACCUUUGGAAACUGUUUGAGGAGAGUUAUUGUGGUCUCUUUUUGUUUUUGUGUGUGUUGAAUGUCUGUACAUUUUUAGAUGUAUAUGAGAUUAUGUGUAUAUAUAAUCGUGCAAUGGCGGGCAUUCCGCAAAAUGUUUAUUGGGCAUGUCCCAAAUUUUUGCACAUCUGUUAUUUUAUUAUAUAUUUUUAUUAUGUUGUGUUUCCUAAAUUGCCAAAUUGCGUAGUAAGUGAGAUUUGACCAGAUUGCCACGUCUAAACAUAACGAAACCAAUCAUCUUCUGAUUCUCUCCGCAUUGCUGCUUAUCUGCACGCAUAUUAAAAUAUUACUUUUAUCGUGAUUGUGAAAAAGGGAAUUUUAUUACAAUCCUGUGAGUCUAUUACUGUUUUAAGUGAGUGUGGGGAUCUGGGGUCCGUUCUACUGCUAGGAUACAAAUCAUUGCAAAGGCCACCUGGUUUUUGUCUCCUAAUCUUUGACUUUUUGUUAUCGAUUUGGCAGAACAUCGACAUUGAAAUCUUUAUUUAGUUUUUUUUUUCUCUGACAUUGGAAUUGGGCUUUGACUUAAUAGUCUAAAUUCUACACCAAAAGAAUGGAUUUAAUAAGAAAAUCUCCAAUCCAAUGUUGCCUUCCACAAUCAUGGCUGCCGGCGCGGUGCUGGCGUUACGGAGUGCAGUGAUUUUUUUUCAGUGCAGCCCAUGCGCUAUGUCUGCAGCUUCGUCCAAUCAUUGUGAGGAUGUUGAGAGUGAAAACCAAUGCCGACAGCAAAUAAAAAUUGUCAAACAAUUCCUGGUGUCUCGGUUUUCUUCUUUCCCUUUGAUAA